GCUUCUAGGAGGGGGUUCAGGAUUUUCAUGGAUGGAACAAGCUUGCGUCGAAAAAAGUGAAGUUAAAAGAGGGACUCUAGUCGAGAACUGGAUAUGUUUGAUGUGUUUUACGUGUAUUGCAGCUUAAAAUGCAUUGUGUGUAACAUUUGCACGGUAUAAUUGCGAAGGGACACGGCAACUUCUCUGGAAAAAGUCAUAAAAUGGUGAGUUGAAAGCAUAUUUUAAGUUUCUGACAAAGUUUUGAACACCUCUAACAUAUAUGUUUUGCAAACUGCCAGUAAAGGUGAAGAAUGACAUUACGCUUAAUAUCUGAAGAUAAGUCAUACGAAAUGUUUCUUUUGUGUAUUUCCGUAUGUUAGGCGUAUUUUUGCCUUCUAACACAGUGUAUUGGGAGAUGGCUAUAACGUGGCGCCUCAGCAAACUUGGCCAAGUUACCAACACUGCCACAACCUGCUGUAAGAAAGACAGUCCGAGUUUGUAUUGAUUCAAUUUAAUGAAUUUUAAGCUUUGAGUAAUUGUCAGGGAAAGUGUCAUGCGUUAGCUAAACUUGAUCCAAGUUUUGAUUUACCAUUUUACCGAGUACUUAACUAUCUCCUCAGGUUUUUGUUUUCAGUGUUCAGCAGAACCCCAAACUCCACUGAACCUCCUGAUCCUCUACAAGGAUGCUAUUGCAGGUGCAAGAUAGCCCUUUUAAUGUAAUAAUGCUAUUUGGUCAUAACUAAAGCUCAAUUCACGCAAAACACCUACUCAGAAAAUCAAAGAAUAUGUGAGGACUAACAGGUAUGUAGGUAGGAAGCUAAAGAGGAUGUCUGUUUGAGCUGCACUAGUCAACCAAACUACAAAUUCAAGUAGUCAUGCAUAGCAUUCCUCAGUGAAAGCACUUGCACAGCUCCAGUCAACUGGAAGAUCCAUCUAAAUAGCAAGUAAAAUCAUUUUUAAAACAAGCUGUUUUCGUUUUAAGUUUCCUUUAUUCACACAGAAGGCUAUGUGCCUUCUCUAACACAUUUAUCUUAAACUGGAAGAGAUGCUUUAAACUUAUCUUUGCAUUUUUUUGUUGUCAAGUUUAACCAGUCACUAAUUUGUGAAUGUUUCAGAUGGAGUAUUUCCAGGUUUACACUUAGACAAAUUCAGACUAUGUAUACAAAAAAUCUCCUCUGCUAAUUUGUUAAGCAAAUUAUAGGGUGGUGUGCAGAAAACACAGUGCUUAAUACUUUCUACUGCAAUCCCACCAAGAGAAGGCUUUCAGAGAAGAACAUUUCACUUGUCAUAUAUUUGCAGUUUCAAAACAUAAAGUACUCAUACACUUCAUGGAGACACAGUACUUUAGUAUCUUACACUUUCUCCUCACCAAACCACAGCUGCUGCUUCUACGGUGGUUGUUUUCAGGCACCUCUGGAGCAUUGUUAUGUAAAUGACUGUAAAAGCGACUCCAAGUGUCCGUCCUGUUGUAAUAUUUAUAAAAUCUUUUGUUAUAGAAAUAUCAAGUUCAGCCAAAGUUACUCACCCUCCUGUUUUGUUCUUUUUAGUCUGUAAACAAAGAUGUGGGUCAGUAGAGGAAUGCCAGGAAAUGCUUAAAUAUUUGUAGCACAGCAGAAUUUAUACAUUGCCUAGACUGCUUAUAGAUGUCCCGGGAGAUGGUUACAUGAAUUGGUCUUCAAAUAAAAAAGAAAGUUUUUUUUUUUUUUGUUGUUUAUCAUGACUUUGCUGCCAGUUCACAGUGAUUUAGCACAGAGACAUACCAGUCAUUUCUAAGAAAGCAGUGAUUGAUAUGCUGUCCACCCACCACCAACCCACUGAGGAUCCUCUGAGAUAAAACGGGGAUUAACUAGAUAGUUCAGCAACAGCUGGGAAGGAAAAGCCCCUGCUCCUCUGCAGGUGGAUGUGUAUGGCUCGUGCUCAUACCACACACUUCUUUAGCUGCCUGAAACAUUUUUCACGUACACUAAAAGACCAUAGGGUAUUUGUGUUAGUGAACACUGCAUCAUUAAUUGUAUACUGCUGUGUUUUUGUCCUUAUUUGACUGGAGACUGGAAUAGACACGUUAGAGGAAGAGGGAGGGACCUGGAGUGUUUUCAGGAGUGUGGUGUAGCAGCUCUCAGAGAGGUUUAGCAAAGUCAAGAAUCAGUAAUAAUCUCAGCAUCAGAUCGUGUCUUCACCUUUUGAUGUCACAGCAAUGAAUUGUGCUCUCACAAUGAUGUUCAUUGUAAUUUGCCUGGGGUGAUUUAUUGUAAUAGCACCAAGUUGCUCCAUUCAUAUUGUAAUGUAAUAAAGAUUGAAGCCUAAAUCUACCCGCUUUAACAAAAGCUCUUUUAAAGCAGCGGCUCAUCCACUGCUCGCUACACACAAGAGAGUGUUCUUCUGGUUACAUGUUGAGCUCUUAAAGCUUUCGUGUGGCUCUUUGGGUGGGUGGAGACCAGUUUGGAGUGACAAGAGACCGUGGCCUCCUCUGUUUUCAUGGACACCAAAUAGUUUGCAGCUAAAGUCUUUCAUUAUGUCUUUGAGAGGGCCUUGUCAUAUUAUGUGUAUUUUACUAAAAACAGAGGAAAAAAAUAUGAUUGUGAUGUAAAAAAAGAGUGCUUUCAAAGUAGGUGUAUAUUAAGGUACUUAUUGUAAUAGUCUUCAUGUAAAUCUUGAAGUUAUAGGUAAGAGGUUUAGCUUGUCAUUGGCCAGAUUUGUGUAAAUUAAGAAUAAGAAAGAUAGCUUCAGAGUUAAAUCCAGUCAUCCUUUCCCAUCACGUGUCCGAUUGAUCACGCCUCUGACAUUGAAUGAAAACACAGUAGCCCUGCAGGCCUUGUUAUUGAAGUGUAAUCCCAGCCAUCCACUCCCAUUAGGCCUGUAAUUAUUACUGUGAACUGAUGGGGAAUACCUGACUUACCCUCUGUUCUUUUGGUUGAGUUGAUUGUUCAGUAUGCUGAGAGUAGGUUAAUGAGGAAAAGUGUAAACAUUGUUCCUGUGCUUCAUCGGGGUGUUUCUGCUUGUAAACACUCAUCGCUGACAGUCUCAGGAUCUCAAAGAGUUGGGAUUCAGUCAUUUGAAAGUGAGCUGUCUGGUGCCUGUUUGUGAGCUUCUCCACCCAUUUGAGGUCAGGGUGGGUGGGAAAAUGUGGCGCAUAGUCAAGGCUGGUUGGCUCAGAUACCAUAAUACUGUUGAGGUUUCAAGGUUGUUCCUGUGUAAAUCUCAGAGCUGAAAUUUAUGAAACAAGCUGCAUGAGUUUGCUCCAAAUGUGUAGAGUGUAUAUGAAUGUGUAGGAUAGAGCUUUAAUACCUGUUGGGGCUUCUAACCUUCUUAACCAUUUUCAUAGGAGAAUCUGAAUAAAGCAUGAGCAUUAGAUGAUAGCAUAAAGAGAGGAAAGAUGCACUAGACUCUCAAACUUCCCAACAUUGGUUCAAAGUCUUUAAAAAUAGCGUUAUUUCCCCCCCUCUGAAAAGCUGACGAUUCAGAGACUGUAAAGAGGUACCCUUUUUCCUUUUCAGUAUUCUUCAGAGUACUGACCUGUCCUUCCCUGAACUUCCCCUCAAAUACAUUACAGGACUUUGUUAAGCCCGUCUAUCCACUUUUUAGGCCGGGGAUGUGCUGUUUUUCAGUUGAAGCCUGAUUACUGUAAUCCUGGCUGAAGGAGAAGAUCGAGGCAUGCUACUCAAUAAAACAUUCAGCACGAGAGCUGCAUAGCAAAGACGGACAAUUUCAGCAGACUCCAAGUCUCCCCCUCUCUCUAUCUCCAACCACCCUCUCUCAUAAGCUUUUGUUUACUACUUUCACCUUCUGUGUGGGAUCCCACACUUAUUGUUAAGUGUGCUCCAGAAAUCGUACAGUAAAACCCAAACACUCAUAUGUAACAGGGUGUUUCAUUUAGACUAGCUGUUAGCAGCACAUGACUAAAUAGUUUCCAUAACCGGAAGGUAAAAGAGUUUUAAAACAUUGAAAGGAGUUGCCAUGUUUUGUGUUUGUAAGCAGUUUGAUUUCUGUAUUUAAAUCACUGUCAUUUGUGUGUCAAAAAAGAAAAAGGCCAAUCCUUGAGUAGAAAAGUUCCAACACUACUAAAAACUAAAGCUUGAAUUACUACUUUGGAUUCCCAUGCUUUAAACAAUUUUAGAAUUUUACUGAUGGGUUAACAUAGUUUGUAUAAUCCUCCUAACUUUACAUAAUGUAUACAGUGUCAACAUGUUUUUGAUCCUUCCUAACAUAGGUUAUUAGGAAUACACAGGCUAGCAAAUUGUCUGCAUUACUCCAGUAGAUCAGAUGACUGUUUUCCUGUCUGUAGAGCACAGCUCAGCCUUUGACAGCAUGUAAUGACACGCUCACCUGAGUCUGUCAUCGACUCUACAGCUGAAUAUACCUGUCUGCUGUCUUCCGCUCUGUUCUCAAUCAGUGCUCUCUGAAUAGAUGGCAGUACAGUACCCUAUAAUUAAACACUAAACUGGUUGGAGAAGUAUUAAUAACUCAACAAUGAUUAAUAGUUUCUUGCCAUCUGGGUCAGAGUUUGUAGGAAAAGCUUCACCAAUACACUUCUGUAAAUGUGUGAGUGUUGACAACAUGCAAUACAGUCAGAUUACUGAAAAAGGCUACAGAUAAAGGGAGUGUAUUUGUCAAUUUGUUCUGCAUCGAAAAUUCCAGGGGCUUUUAUGGUGCAUGUAACCAUAUUUGGAGUCCCUUCACACCUCAGGCCUUGCAGUUUGUAAUUUGCGUAAAGAUGCAUUGCGUUCUUCUCAAGGGGCAGAAGAAGCAGAAAAAACAUGUAAUUAUAGGAGGGAGGGUGAAGGAAUCUGACUGAUUUCAAGCAGUUACAAAAGUGUGAUAUGAGACAUAAACUCCCAUUCGGCUCUGUAGAAGAAAAAAAACAUCUCGGUGAAAUAUUACAAUUGAGGCUGAAAUUGAUAGAAAUGCAUUGCUUGCUUAACGAAACAAUGCGAGUCUCUCCCCUGUACGGUCUCCUUUGUCAUGAUGAGCACACCUGAAAGUUUUCCUUUCUCCUCCCAUCCCCUCCUUCCUUUUCCUGCUGUCCUAGAAAUCGAACAAUGCCUCUGAGGGGAGAAAUGAGUCACCCCUCAAGGCUACUGUCAGGGCUGGGCUUUUAGUUGUCAAUCCAAAAUGUGCCCAUUAUUUACAACCAUGUGCCAUGGAACUACAGGAUUUCUCAUACAUCAAGUUUCUCAGGCUUUGCAGGGCCUCAGUGCCGGUUCAUCCGUGUCACAAUUGCACUGUUUCUGCCCAUCUCUUCAGAUACUCACUGUGUAUUCAAAUUGUCCCCGGGGCCAUGUAUUCUGUGUGAACCUGUCUGUGUGCAGGAGUGAUAUAUGUCAGUUGCGCUGUAUUUGCAGACACUGGCCCUGUGUGUUUACAUCAACUGUUCAGGCUUUGUGCCUGAUGAACAGGGUGUAGGACAAAGACGCAGAGGAUUUCACAUUAUUUGUAGACAAAACAAGCUUUGAGACUCAGAGUGAGUUAUCCUUCAGAUCUCAUUUGCAGCAUUACUGAUAUGUGGGUUAGUCUUAGUCAGAAACAGACUUGUAAAUUCACACUGUGGCUUGUUUUGAACCAUAUAGACUCUGUGGAUAUCAACUGUGGCUCACGUACUGCAACAAUAGCUGCAUUAUGUUACAGCAUGAUGUCAUGACUCUGCCAUCCAUCCUAGCCUAAAUCAGCAAGCUGAGGAAGUCAGGAAAAAAAAAGCACUUUUAUGCGAGAGGCGGCCUUGACAGAAGCUGUCACCUCUAGAUACAAAUUGUACAUCUGCAAACAAAGGCAGUGCUGCUGAGGAAUGCAAUGUUUCUCAUGCCCAUGCAGGUCUAAAGGUCUCUCCUGCCCCAGCAUGCUAAUGACAUUUCUCUGAGUCAAAAUGUGUGGUUGCUAUUUAGUCAAAACUUCAGACUGACCGCUGCACCCUAGAUGCUCAUGCAUACAUCUGUGUUAUCAUUUUUUUAAUUUUAAGUUAAGUUGAUUGCAGGUUUUUGUUGACUUUGGAAAUUUGCAGAUAUGAAAAUGUUCUCGAGUGAUUAGCAUAAAAAAUGUACAGCUUGUACAUUAAUGUAGUCUUUUAUUAUGAUUAAAUGUGUGAAUUAAAUUUUGAUUGGCAUGAGCAGUUUUAAAAUAAGUGGUUGUGUCAUUUGUAUUAGUAUUAUUCUGCAUUUGAUUGUGCUUGGGUAAAAUUCACAAAUAUGACUUCUUUUGUUUUAUUUAUUAUUUUUAAAAUAGAUUUGCUAAUUUUAAUUCCAAAAAGACCUAGAAGCCCUUAUGAGGAGUCUUGGCUCACCCUACCACCAAAUCAUUCCCUUUUAUAUCUUUGCUGAUCUUGUGCAAGUAUUCCAAGAAAAUCUCCCCCUCCUCUCUUUUAGCAGGGAAGUUAAUCACCCUUUGAUAAUCUUUGAAGCUGAAAAUAAAAACAAGUCUUUCUGCAGUCUGCCAUCAGAUUGUCUGACACUUAACGCCAUGGCAGUUGUUUCUUGCAUCAAGAAUAAGUAUUUAGGAGUAGCUGGUCUUAUUCCUGAUAGUGUAGUUUGCCUUUGCAGGUCAUAUGGGAAAAUCCAUGUUAAUUUCAGUCUGUUUCCAGUAGGGAUGGGCGAUAAAUUAUUGCCCACGAUUUAUCGUCAGAAAAUUCUUCCAUGAUAAAUGUUUGCCAUCUCACGAUAAACGCAAUAAAUGCAAGUUGAUGACAUAAGCCCAAGUGAUGGAGCCCACACAGAUCAGAACUGAAGGUGGUGAAGAAGACGUCUUUGAGCAGCUUGUUGCUAAACGAGGCUCCAAAUGAGGGAUUUCCUUCAAGAUCAGGGUUUGGACGAGUACAAUCAGGUAUGCCUGACUUUGGAUAGUGGAUCUGCUCACUUAGUUCACUCUGUGCAAUACAAGUUUUCAAUAAAUGUUGAAAAUGUUUACACAUUUCACUAGUUUUCUCUAUGACCUACCACUUAAACUUGUAGUUAAGUAUCUUAUUUGACUACGCCAACUAGUGUCCUGAAGACAGAAGGAGGCAAAAACAUAGAAAGGAGUUAUAUUUUUUAACGGGACUUUUUUUUGUCAUCGUCAGAAUGGCAAAACUUAUCAUGCUAAUUUUUUGUAGCCGAUAUCGCCCAUCCCUAGUUUCCAGACAAGUAGUAUUACAGGAGCUUUAAAAUUUUUAGGUAUGUUUCAUACAACCUACUUCAAAAACACCAGUUAGUGUCCGUAUUGUACAAUAAACAGAAGGUCACCUGUGACUCUGGCCCUGUUUUGUAUGACUUGGUUGUAACUACAACCCCCCACUGUCCCCCUUCAUUAUGUGGUUUCUUCAUCCAUCAAUCGUUUGGUAAACGCAGCAUGUUUGAUACUAAUUAGCAUGAGAAUGCUGUGCACACUUCAACAUGUGGUUGUAUCAGCUAGCCCCAAGGAGCACAAGAAGAGCCUCUUUUGUUUUCAUUCACUCAUUCAUUUGUCUGAAUUAGCUUUGGUUCAGACUCUGUUGUUGACACAAAAAGUACCAGACUGUGACCACACCACAGCUAUCCUCCUCUGCUGACAAAGUGCUGCUGUGAGACAAGCUGGCUUUUGAGGCAUUGACUUGAAGAACAAAAUGGAAGAGUUAUAGAUUGUAGUUAAAUGUGUCAUCAAAACGGUGUGUAUUGACCUGUGUUUUUGUUUUUUUGUCAUUGUCUAAUGCACGUUUUCCGUUUCAGGAAUGUGUGUUGGUGUAGAUGAUCCCCUUCAUGCUGCUGUCUGAGCUCGGGCCAGAGAAGAGCAACAAGCAUGGACGUGGAAGACUUUCCUCCCCCACCUCCUGAAAGUAAUGUCAACAAAGCUUUUCACCCAUACAUGCCAUUCCCCUUUGACCUUAACUUUACAGAGCAAGUUUGAAACCUGAUACAAUGUGAUGUGCAGACAGGCCGGUUAGCUCAGUUGGUUAGAGCGUGGUGCUAAUAACGCCAAGGUCGCGGGUUCGAUCCCCGUACGGGCCACAAGUGUUUUGGAAUGGGUUUGGAGAACAUGAUUAGUGGUAGCUAAUCCCUCUGCGAAGGAUAGUCACAAAAGUCAGAAAGUGACAGGUGUUUGUCGUGCGAGUGCCAAAGCUAGAACAGAAUGCUCACUGAAAACCAUGAAAUGUUGAGUCUGUAUUGGCGAAGGCCCCAUGAAAGACACAUUUAAUUAUCUACAAGUUGUGUUAAAGCAAGAUUUAGAUUUGUUUGGUAAGAUUUUUUUUUUUGGUCUGGUGAUUGUCAGACUAAAGUUUUUUUGGUUAAAAAAGAUCUGAAGAUUGGAGUAAACACUGCCUCUCUUUUGGUGCUUUAAAAAGUCUCAUUGAUCAACAAUAAAGUCAAUGGACAGAGAGAAAUGAACAUUAAAGUUACUGUCAAUGUUAAAACCCAACACUGUUCACAGUUGACAUAGGCAGUGUAUGAUAAAAGAUUGUAACUUGUUUUAAAACAUAACUCCAGAAAACUUUGUUGACAGUUUUACUCUCCACUUUUAUGAGAAAAAGAAAAACUACAGUGUUGGACCAGUAGUAUCACCUGCUAGCUUCUGUGGGUCAUCUUGUGGCCACUUCACUUCCUGGAGAACUGCUUAAGCUUGACAGUGCGAGUAAACAACUCGGAUUCCUCUCCUCUACUUCUCUGCCACUUUGGACUGUGUGGGCAGCAGAACGAGGGAGUAAGGAGGCUAAAAUGUGCUGCGCUGCUGUGAAUACCAGACAAUGUGCCUCAGUAUUGUGCUGAAUACCCGGCCGCUGCCACACACAUAACACACACAAACCAAGAGACACACAUUGCCUCAGGGGAUAGACACAGGCCAGAGAAAUGCUUCGUCUCCAGCUGGCCAGUCACUUGCUUUGUUGCCAGGGCGAUGCUAGAGCGGAUUGUAACCCAGUGACUCAUUGGAGCAAAUCAUAAUGUGGUAGAGUGGAGAUAGUCCCACUGAACAAAAUCCAUAUUGUCAUAAUGAAUUGACAAUGGACACCUCAGCAGGGGUUUGUGUGUCAUGUUGCAUAAGAGUGUGUGUAUGUGUGUACUCUCUUACACAUUUCUUAGUGAUCUUGAAUUCGGCAUUCUUACAAAAACAAAAAGAUGUGCAAAAUCUGGAUGUUCUCCAAAGUUGAAGGAGAGAGCUGAAACAUCCUCACACAACUGGUUACUUGAGUGUAUGUGUGAACACAGAUGUGCACUUGCACUUUGAAGUAAGGUCAACAUCCAGUACAGACUCUAUAAUUAGGCUGCGGGCAUGCAUACCAAUCCAGCGAUCUAUCAGUGGACUCCUCUGCACAGUUGCAGAUGUACUAUUGAAUGGUCGGUCAUGACUUGUCAUCUUGCCAAAUCCAAUCAGAUCAUGCUCUGUUUUAUUCUGGCACAGUCGUGUGUUUCACAUUGACACAGCAGAGAGAGGAUCAGAGGGUAUAUUGAGACAAUUAUAGACCAUAAAUAUUCAUGCCAAAGUCCUGGAGUGCCACUGACUAUUAGCCAGCUAGCUGUGGCGUAUCUUUAAACCCCACACCAUUCAUUCUUGCACAGAUGGAAAAAGACAGAUAACAUCUCAAAUCCCAGGUUUUUUUUGCACCUCUGCCCUUGUGCAAAAGUUAGUCAUAGGUGCAGAUGCCCAAAGGGUCAAAGAGUUGACCUGAAACAUUAGUCACAGAUCGUUCCCCCACGCUCUGACUACAGGGUGGAACGACUACCUGUCAAAGCCUGAGGGGAUUCUGCCGCUGAUUUAGAGCUGCGUACACGGCUGUGAGGGACUUUAAAGUUGAGUUUUCCAGAGGGGGUUUCUUUAGUUAAGAUUUAGCGGGUCACUAUAGGGAAGACACUCAAGCCUGGAGACAUAACACUUUAUGUUGCAACAGUGGAUGUGGUUCUUUGAGUGGUAAUGGUGUGUAAAGAAUAACCUUAUUAGCUAAGCUCCACAUAAAUACUUAAGAUGGUCCACUUCAGUGAGAGCAGUGUUGGAAAUGUUUUGAAAGCACACAAGAUACUGGUGAGGGUCAAAAAGAAAAGGUUGACGCUGAAAGGCGGGGGAAGGGAGAGGUCAAAAUGCCGAAACCCGGGAUCGAACCAGGGACCUUUAGAUCUUCAGUCUAACGCUCUCCCAACUGAGCUAUUUCGGCUGGUAGCACUGUUAUGUCAUCAAUGCCUCAGAAAAAAUGACCCCAUAGUGAACUUGGAAUUUGAUAUUUUUUUGGGAUCACAGUCAGGAUAUGAAAAUAAGUAUUAAGUCUGCCAGUUAAUAAAAUCAAGCUGUGAUUACUGAUGAAGGUGCUCACAAAGAAUCUGUGGUAUGCUUGCAAGGAAGUCUGUGACAGAGAUGGGAUAUCACACUGAAAAAUCAAGAGACAUCCAAACUUUAAGGCUCGAAAGGAAAGUCACUUGCAACUCGCAAGGGCUUGAGAGAUUGUGGGACAGGGGGAGGUCCUCUAUUUCAUGCUCAGUUUAUUAUUUUUCUGUCUUCUACAAAGUAUAAUUGAGAUCGAGUUUAUCUUUCAUUGGUUUCUUUGCUGCAGCGUCUUUUUAUUUCACCGCUUUAGCUCUUAAGGCCAAGACAUGUAACCAGCUGAUGAAAGCUGAGCCUGUGCAUUCCUAAUCCUUUAACAUACUCUGGCACUUAACUGAGCUUCACUGACUUCACUGACUCAGGCCCACACUGCAUUCAGAAGAUUAGAAAUAAUUCAAAACUCAGGCUGCUUUUUUUCCUCACUGGAGGAAGAAACAGCUUUCUUUCCUGUCGGCCUAAUUACAGUGUGGAAAAGUGGAAAGACAUUUGUUGUUCCCUUCCUGUCUGCUUCCAAGUGAGUUCUGUGAUGUGAAUGUGACGCUUUUGAACGCUAACUAUAGCUCUAAGCUGGCCUAGUUUGUAUUUGCUAUAAACUAGAGCAGAUGAUGUGCUGUGUCGGAGCAGAUCCUUCAUGUAAGAAAUUCUUUGAGAAAACAUACUGCUGUGGCAGACCCCACCCUUAAUUAUAAGUCUGAAUGUGGCUCAGGUCUUAAACAGCCCAAGGACUACAACUGCCACCCACAGUGUAUUUCUAAAGGUUCUGUGAAGGAGCCAAGCAAAUAAAACUAGUGUUUUAUUAAAUCCUACCUUUUAAAGCUUUUAAAGCAAACACUUUGUUCUUAUCAGGAGAUAAUUAUGCAUACUGUAAGAUCUUUUUAUUCAAAGCGGACACCGAUCUACUCUACCAAUGCAUCAAACAAACUGCAUGACUUCUCAGAAGUUUAUAUAUUAUGGCCUCCUAUUUUGUUUUCUUUAAAGCACUCAUUCCUUUGGCUUGAUGUAUUGCAGCUGAAAGAGUCAUUUAAAGCAGCUGCUUUUGCACAUUGCUGACAGAAAGAAAAUGGGAAUUCUUAAAACUCUUAAAUCAGGGCUUGACACAAACCUUUUUUUACAAGGAACACAUGUGCUCCAAAGUUGAAAAUGUAAGGAGCACACAAAGAACUUUGAACAAUGAAAAUUGAUCAAACAAUGUGUGUCUUAAUGGUGGACAUAAGUACUAUUAUUUGAAAUAAAUUUUAGGUCUUUUGGUCACAUUACAUCAAAGCUAUUGAAGGAAAACUGCCUUUUUUGAGAACAUCAUCCGGUAAUUUAUUGAUGGUCCCUUAUUCAACACCCGACGUUGACAGUAAGGGUCCCGAGUAGCUUUCACCACACUGCUGUUGCCAUUCCCGGUUAUGGAAUGAGAAGACACCGGUAGAUCAGCAAUGAAUGUCCGUCGAAUAUCCAACCUAAAACCAAUUUCACCGCGGUAUUUACGUGAAAAAAAAAGGUUGCCUCGGCUGAUUUUUUUUAUGCGCACAUUUGCAUUUUACAAUUUGCACACAUCUAUUUUCAAUCGCAAAUGAAAUGGUGGAACGAUCACACUGUUGAGCCCUGUCUUAAAUCAUCUCUUGGUUUAUCCCGUCACUAUUCCAAGAAGUUUUAUCUGAUGAUCUCCAAAUCAGUAUCUUAUCCCAACACUCUUCUUCUGAACUCUAUCUCUGUUUCCAGUGUUGGUAGACAGUGCCCCCUUUGCAGAUGAAGAUGAGGGAGAAGCCUUUGAGUUUGAUGACAGUGGUGAUGAUGUUCCUGAGGGUGACUGCCUCCCCCCUGCUCCUCCACCUCCUCUGACCCCCAGCAGAACAGAAGAACAGGGCCAGGAUGACGUGGUGGCCAGUCAACCUGAAGGCCAUCUCCCCUGCCUGGACCCCCCAGCACCUUCAGCUGCAGCUUCAUCAUCAGCCAAAACAGCUGUCACCACAGGCAAAUCUUCCACAGCAGGUGAAGAAACAGCAGAAGGAGAGGGGACGUCAGCUCCUGAGGGGACUGAUAACAUCGAGACAGAUUUACCACUUCCUCCUCCACCCCCUCCUCUAAGUGAUGAUGCAGAGGCAGAUCCUGGAAGAACAGGUUUGCAUCCCAAAAGUGUUGACAUUUUAUUGCUGCCUUGAGCAGCAGGCUGAGUAUUGUUCUGGAAAUAAGUCGAGCCUCUCUGAAUAUGUAUUUCUAACAGAAAAAAAAAAAUUCUCCACAGUCUCCUGUCAUGUUUGUGUGCACUAUCUGGCAGUAAUCCAGGCCCUUCAGCUCAGGCUGGAGUGAAGCUGUAGGAGUGGGGCAGUCAGUCUUCCUCAUGACACCUUGUAUCUCUAAAUGCCUGAUGCUGGAGGAUGUCUGGCUUUUAUCACUGAAAGCCAAGACAGCAGCAACGGGCAGUAAAUGAAGGGCUGUAAAUACUACACAGUUCGUCAUGCUGGAGUUAAACACACAACUUUUUUCUACCAUUACAAAAAAUGGAUUAACUUCUUUGGCUGCAGACAUAUUUCCCCGAUUGUCACUUUAAUUUCGCUCUGCUUUCUACUGCAAAAUGUCAUCCAUUUCCAUAGUUAGUGCCAUUAACAAGAGCUACUCAAAUUGCUUGCUGAAAAUUGCCCUUAUUUAGAAAACUUUCAUGCUAAAGGUUCAAAGUGUAAAUCUGAUUUUAUAAAGCUGGAAGCAAGGGAAAUGUUCUUUUCUUACUUGAGUUUGACAACAUGAGAUUAGUGAGUGAAGCGUGAUCCAACCUGUUAGAGUAGAUUGUGGCUGGUUUACAAGUGCUUUAGGAAAGUAAUCAAAGAAAAAUGUUUGUAAGUGACUGUUUCCUUGGACUGCAGUUAAAAAAAAAGACAGAAAAAAAAAACUUUUUUGGUUUUUGUAAAAGUUACUUGAUAUUCUAAGCUAAUAGAUUUGAUUUGUAGGGCUGUAAAGUCCUUGUUGACUGGUCGACUUAUUGGUCGAUACGUGCUGAGUCGACUCGAUUUUAUUCCGCGUCAAUUUACAGUCUAUGCUUAAUUUCGUCAGGAGGAACAUACCAAGUGCUAAUUGGUGUGUUUUUAGAGCAACCCCCAUUUUACUGAUAACAUCCUGUCUCAGAACAAACCCCCUUGUUUUCACCAUUUUGGAUUCGCCCAACCCACUGGAGACCAGCUAAGGAGAGGAAGAUUGAAGAGCUUUCACGUUAAUCAAUGUCCUCGCUUUGCUGAAUGUAAUAUUUGUGUUUAACUGCCUCCUUGUGCAGAUCUCGGUAUAUUUUCAUCCCGUCGAGCAGAAGCAAAACCCCGGUUUUUGGUCGAAAAUUUAAGGGUUUUAUUCGACCAAGAAUAUCUUUGGUUGUUUACAGCCCUUUUGAUUUGAUGCAAAUCACUUGAACAUGUUCUGAUUCCUUCAGCAAUUUUGUGAACAUUUUGCAUCUAGCAUUGCUAAAAAAUGUUAUUUGUUUCUAAGUGAAUACAUGAGAAACUAUGGGAAUGCUGUGUGUCAGGUCUUAUCAUAAACUUUAAAGCCUUCAUUACAAAAAUUUUAGUAUUUUGAAAACAGACCGAAGUUACGAUUCACUCCUCCUCCAGACCUGCAAAAGCAGAAAAGGCCAACACCGGCAGACCUUUUAUCAUUAUCUUAAUGUAUGUUGCAGAUGCUACUAGGGUUUCCAAAGUUUCACAGAUCUCACAUUUGGGUUUGUAGAUAUUGUAGACCUUUGAUGGACCAAAAAAAAAAAAGAAGUUAAUUUACUCUUUACUAAGCCAUGGCACAGUACAUCAAUUUCUUCUCUUAUUAUUCAAUAAAAGCCCUAAAAAACCUGCUUCACAAAAGAUAAAGUAAUUUUUAAAAGGCCAUUUGAUAUUGCUUUUAUGUGAAAAAGAAACUCAAGUGAUUCUCUUGACUCGAAUCAGGGAUCAGCUUAACUGAAGGCAUCCUUUGUCUGUGUUUGAGUCAGUGCACCAGCUGUGUGCACAUCUAAGUCAUGUGAGUAGUAUUCAUAUUGCUGUUUCUCUGUAAAUGAAAUGCCCUUGUUUCCCCUCUUGUUGUCCAGCUGCUCUGCUCAUACAGUAGUGUUUACGUAAGAAUGAUUUUUCACAUAUACGUUUGUCAGGAAGACUUGAGCAUAUGCAGGUGUUAUGUUGCUGCUGCCAGAUGCUAUUUAACAGAGCUUGUAAUGACCGUUAACCUUGUAGGAGGUCAGAUGCAGAAUGUUCUCAAUGCUUUUGUCGACUGAGCUGGUUGUAUUUUUAUAAAGUGACUUUACUUUCUCUCAGCUUGACAUGUUUGUGUUUUUGUUUUGACACAUCUUUUCACGCAUCUUCUUGCCUUAAACAGGUGGGGAUGGCCAGGAUGCAUCCACCAAUGACCCUCAAACUCUGCCGGCUGUUCCCAAAAGUUCCUCUCAAGGCAAAGUAAAUCCUUACUCUGUGAUUGACAUCACUCCUCUCCAACUGCAGCAGCUGGAGCAGCAGCAGCAUGGACCCUCCUCUUCCCCUUCCUCUCCAAAAGAGCCUAAGGAAGGGGUGGGAGAAGCCCAGGAUAUCCACACCAGCCCUGGUGGUAUCACUUCAGGAUACUCAGUCCCGGUUCCCUGUGGCUAUGCAACUCCUUCGGGUGUACCACUAAUUACACCAACUUACACCACACCCGUCAUCAUUCGUCACCUUUCUGUGGAUGAAGAUGGUAAAGUAGAUUGAAUGUCAAACAAUGUUAUUUUCCUGAGCAGAAAGUAGUCUACUUAUCAACCAGGUUACUCUUUUAUUUGAGUGAAAUCCUUCCUCUUCUUUAUGCCCUCAAGAGAGGAGAUAAAAAUCUGAUACAUAAAUGCUAUCUCAGCUGCUUCUCCCCUCUGCCUUUUCUUCUUUUCUUGUUUUCCUAAAGCCUUGCCACAAGGAAGCAGGGACUAAAUUUAGCCCUCCCCAAAGAUCUGUGUUGGCUGUGAGGAUUUUCCGGUUUUCCUAAAAUUUUCUAGUAGCUGAGUCCAAGCCUGGGGCCUGGCACGCUGAAGAGAGUGAUUACACUGCAAUUACCUUACUGUGGUCAUAUAAAACAUUGAAAUACUCUGAUGUUUUAGUAAAACAGGUUGAAAAUUCAUUGUGUGCACCAAUGUGGAAAAGUAUUUAUCUUUUUUUGCAGAGUUGGAAUACUUUUGUGUUCUUUUGGCUACAGUAGACAUCACCACAACAGUAACUGCUUUUCCUAUUACAUGUCUCAUGGACAGCAGAAGGGUUAUCUUACUGUUGAAUCUAAUAUUGGGCUCAGAGGCACAUGUACAAGAACAAAUCACCUUAAGUGAAUCAUGUUAUGAGAUACAGUAAUAUUCUGGGUAUCGUUAGUGACACUUAGUGGUAUUUAAAAGAAUUACAGCACAACUUCUGAAUCAAAAAGUUGUUGUAUAACAUGUAUUUAGCUGAUUUGUGUUACAAUUGAUAUAUUGUCAGUUAGGUUAAUUCCAAUAAAUACUUAGAUGAUGUUACUUACUGUUUUUCUCUACUGACAAAAAAAUGUUGAUUGAACUGUAAAUUUCGCUUGCUUUACAGUUGAAUUCUGGGAAUUGUAGGGCCACAAACAGGCAAUGUUAUUGGUAGACUUGUAUGUUUUCUUUUGUUUUUUUUUGUGAUAUUUUCUCUGUUUUACCCCACAGUCACUGUAGUUGGGACUGGCAACACUUCUGCUGACAGGUAUGUGGAUACUACACAACCUGAACAAAUCUACUCUGAGCACUUCUAAGUCCCAGACAGCAUGUCUACUUUACCUCUGCAUUCACAGUGAAAGUCACAGUUACUGAUCAAUGCCAACAUAGAGAGACCAAAGUGUCUUAACUAUAUUUUCAUACAUUCAUAUCUCUGUAUUUUAAACAAAAAGGAAUUAUUUUUUCCUAGAAUUCUGAUUUUUUUUGUUUUUGUUUUUCUGCUUCUUUAAGUGUUUUCAGUGAAGAAUACCCACCAAUAAGAGAGGAAGAUGCUUUGGCUAAAUGGGCGUCAGAUCCAGCCAACACUGCAUGGAUGGAAAGUAAGGAAGACAUCCAAAUCAAAUCUCCACUAGUCCAGAUGCAUGUAGCAUUUCUGCAGGAGGAAUACUGCUGAGGUUUCAGUUCUCUGUUGUACUUGUCUCCGCAUAAACAGCACGCCCACAGGGUGAUGUUAUCUUUUUCUAUAUGACACAACUCGGAUUCCCAGACACUUCCUUCCCAGUUCUUUUGAGGAAGUGGACCCUUGUGUGCUUUUCUUUUAGAUCCCUCCUUACUUUACGUCCUGUUUAUGGUGUGAAGGGCCUAGACUAUCUGGUUAUAUUAGAGAUGAUGCAUAGGUUCUCAUGACAGUUUCCUCUGUCCUUCAGAUCCAGAUGAGGUGAUUUAUGAUGACGUGCCCAGAGAGAACUCUGACUCCAACACAGGUUUGUGAUGUUUAUUUUUGAAUCUACUUUUCACAAAUUCAGUUUUUGUCUGUGGGUUUUAGCUGUCAUCGCUGUUCACUUUCAUUUUUACAUCCUCUUUUUUAACUUGGAUAUUUUAAAUACGUAUUUAUGGCUAAAUGAAAAAGUUAAAGUUUACUCACUUUCAUUCCAAUAUAGCAAAUGCUACAUUGAUAUUCACUUGAUGAAAGAGUAUUAAUUUCAUUGUUUUUUGAUGAGAUGUUUAGAGCAACAGCUUGUCAUUGAAUUCAACUUUACAGCUGCUCAAAAGAUUUGCUCUUAGUGAAUAAAACUUUAACAUGAUUGAUAUUCACAGAAUUUAUUAAAUAGAUGUUCUGCUUCUGUGUAUAUUGUUGUUAUUGGGUACAUGUUUGUAUUCAUCUCGCAGACCCAGAUGAGAUGAUCUACGAUGAUGUUGAGCUUGGCGAAGAGGGGGGCUGUAAUAGUUCCCUCGACAACGGUUGGAGCUCUAGUGAGUUUGAAAGCUACGAUGAGGCCAGUGACGGGGAAGGUCGUGGUGAGAACGGCCUGCCACACGCCUUUAUGAGAGGAAAGCCACCCCAAAGGAAAACACAUGUAUGUAUAAGUGAAGCUGGGGUUGCCCCGACAACAAUCACAACAGCUGCAUUCCUAAUCAAGGAAUACGUCAUUGUGUAAUUUCUAAAUUGAUAAAGGGGCUUAUGUUCUUCUUCUGUCGUCUGCUUAUCACCCUCGAUUUUGAUCUUCAUGUUGUAUUUUGAUUUUUGUUAGAUUUGUAGAACUGUAGCUCGAAUCAGAUCCUUUUAUUGUGCUUGUACCUUGACCUUUGGUCAUGAUAAUUAUGCAUCAAUUUUCAGUAAUGUAUAGACUUGUUCAUUGUUAGAUCUUAAAUCAAACAUUUGCAUCUGCAGACCUGGAAUAGAUCAUUCUGGCUUACAGUCAGCUUGCUUUGAUCUGUAAUGUUUUGGAUUGUGGUUUUGAGAAUUUAACUGUAUUCAGUGCACCCUAGCCAGAACAUACAAAUGCCAGUCGCCGCGAACAAUAUUUUGGUAAAACUACCCCUCUAAUUGGAGAGCUGCUUGAAGUCUAUUUUUUACUGCAUCUUACACAUUGAUUUGCAGAUUUGAACCAGGAAAAGGUCACAUGAGGCAUGCAACAACAUCACAAACAUUGGUACUUUUUAAGAUUUGGCACCCCUGCAGUUUAGAGAUGCAAUUCCCCCUCUUGCUGACAAAAGUAGUCAAUCUGAUAUACACAGAUCUCUUGUUUUCUCCAUUACAUCACUUUGUUCCGUCUCCUUACUUCUGUCUAUUUUAAGAAAACCAAAUUCACUCUUGCAGAAAAAGAUAUCAGUAUUUGCUUUGUGGGCCAUCUGCAUUGUAACUUCUCUCCAGAGAUCACCCAUACCCAACCCAAAUUACACAACCCAACCCAGGAACAGGCAUUUGGUUCCUCCUGAGUGGAUUUCAUUGUCUUCUAAAAUGUCAAUUCAAAACCAAAAUUUGGAGACGCUAAUUUGGGGAAAACAGUCCCAUAAUGUUGCGUGAAAUUAUUAUUAUUUUUUUGCAUGAGAAUGAAGUCAGCAGUCCAGUGACACAUAUCAGCAUCACAGUGAGGUUCUAAGGUGCAAGUUCAUUCCAAAACCAUAACCAGUAACACCUGCUUUGCUUUCGUUUAGCUCUCUCAAGAUCUGACACGCUUGAAAGAACACUAUGAGAAAAAGAUGAAAGAUCUAAUGGCAAAUACAGUGGGAACGGUAGAGCUGCAGCAGCUAAAACAGAAACACGAGCAGAAGGUAAACUACCUGAGGCUCACCUCGCCUGUCUGUGCUAGACAACGUAGUUCCAUCCCUUUGUUCUCAGUCUAGCUAACCACUCUGGGUGCCUCUCGCUGGCCCAGUACAUCCUGCUCUGAUAUGAAUGGCUUGUGGUGAUGGUGGUAUUGGUGAUGGGUUUGCAUUGCAGUUCAUUAGCUCUUUGUCUGCUGCACUGACCUGUUCUGCUAUACGUUUAUGCAUUGGAGGCCAUAAUGCUGAGGAUUCAUUUUUAACUAGCAUUUGUUACAUUUUACAUUCACCACUUAUUUUAUGUUUACCUCCAUUCCUACUCUAACACUGCUCUUCCUCUACUUAGCUCAGUCGAGUAGCUUGUUAACCACAGGAUUACUCAAAGUAGCCUUAACUUUGUAACCAUAAAAAUAGCUUUGUGUUAUUUUUGUCAAAACAGAUAAUAGUGUGUUUUUGUCUCAUCAAAGAUGCAAAAGCUGAUGAAGGCAGCUAAAGAAGGGACCAAAGAUGGGCUGGAGAAAACCAAAGCUGCAGUGAAGAAGGGACGCUCUUUCAUCAAAACAAAGUCAUUCUGUCAGGGUAUGUGAUUCAAUCACGGCCGCUCUUCUUGAUACCAGGAAUACCUUCAGCUUCAUUCCCUUCCAGACAUGUUUAUUUUUAAUUACUGUGCAAGUUAUAGAGUAAAGAACAGUGUCUGUAAUUUUGCUGGAGUGACAUUUUCCCUCGCUUCAGCAUGAAGACUGUUUUCUUUACUGAGAAUACUGUUUAUAGUCUGUCCUAUUAAACUUGCAGAGAGGAAAUCAGCCUGUUUUGAGGAUGAGGAGUCUGAGCUCUUCAUUGAGGUGGACUGCUUCAAUGUAGAGCCAACACUUUGUACAGCACCGGAGGGUCUUUCACAGCAGCAGGUGAUAAAGAGUUCUUAUCACAGUAAAUCUACUCUUUUACUGCGUGAAUUUGGGUGUAAAGACUAAUGGUUUUCUUUUCUCUACAGCUGGUGAGAAGAUGUAUAUUGGGAUCUAUUUUGGAAAGUGAGAAGAACUAUCUCGAUGCACUGAAGAGGAUAUUAGAGGUACGGAAGUGCAGUGCAGUCAUUGUGAAACCCCCUUUCAAAGGUUUGUUAUUACAGUUCACUCUCUCUCUCUCUCUGCUUUAUCAGCAAUAUGAGAAGCCUCUGUCCCAGAUUGAGCCGAGGCUGCUGAGCGACAGGAAACUGAAGAUGACCUUCUAUCGUGUGCGCGAGAUCCUGCAGUGCCACUUCCUGUUUCAGAUAGCCCUGGCAAGCCGUGUGGCAGAGUGGGACAGCCUGGAGAUGAUCGGGGAUGUUUUUGUAGCAUCGGUAGGUCAUACAUAGUUUUGAAUCCUUUUUAAAGAGCUGCUCCAGUAUAUUGAGGGUAAAAUGAGAGAUAGGGUUGCCCUGAAAUUUUGUAACAUACUUUUUGUUGGAUGUACUUGUAAUUUAUGGUCUCUAUGAUUGUGUAAAGCACAGUUUUGCUCCUGUCAGACUGUACCUACUUCAAAGACUCGUGCUCUCAGGCAGACUCAGAACAUCAAGCUUUGGUCUUUCGUGUUCAUACUUUAACCUUUUCUUUCCUUUUGGCUGCUUGACAACAUCAAAGCAAAAGCCCACAUCUCCAACAGCCAUGUUCACCCUGUCACUUCCUUAUUUUUUAUACCUAAAUCGACCCCUGGCAUGGCAUCAGACGGGCUGUGAGACUUGUUUAAAGUCUGUUCGCUGCCCUCUCUAACCUCAAAAUCCACAGUCCUAGUACAACAGGACUAACACCGUGGGAGCUUGUUUUGGGAACAGAAUUAAGUACCCGUACCAUGAUCUACAAUGAAUACGAUCAAAUAAAUCAACCAAAGCAAUAAAGUAAAAACAUACCUGAGGGAUGAUUUUACUUUAUGCACCAGUACAGAAACUUGUAACACAGACUUUUUAGAAACAGAGAGUAAACGCCACAGAUGUUAAGGUGGUACAGAAGGCAUAUAUUAAAUUGAUCCUCCUGACAUGAAUAAUUUAACCUUCAAGUAAUGUAAAGCCUCAAUAAAAUAAAACUCCUUUUUAUGACAAACAUCAAACCCAGCGUUAUGAAUUUAUUGCAUUGAAAGUGUGCCAAAGCUAAAUCUCAUGAACAUGUCAUAAGAUUGCGGACCCCAGGAAGAGUAGCUGCUACUUAGGUAGUAGCUAAUGGGGGAUCUAAGUAAAUAGAUUAAUAAAUAAAUGUCACAGCAUCAAGACGGGAUAGUAGCACACAAUGACAUAUAUGCACACUGAAUUCUAAACUGCAGGGAAAUAAUUAGAAGAAUGUGCAUUAAAAAUGGAGGUAGAAUAUUUUCUAUCAAGCUUUGACAAUUUCAAUAUAUAUUUUUUUUAAGUGUGUGACUAGAUCCUGGUCAGUCAAAUACUCUGUUUAUGAAGCUACUACAAGUAAUGCAGUUGUAGCAGAGACUGUAAACCAGACAGCUUUUGGCCAGUCCUCUUUCUAAGUUAAAGGCCGACAGAUUUAGAAUACUCUCCCAUCAGAAAUAGACAAUUUAACUGGCUCCAAAGCUUUUAAUAAUCAAACAUAAUAACAAAAUCAAAGGCAGGUCUGUGAACGCUUGCAUACACAUUUGUUGUGCUUAUUUGGUAUUUCUCACUUAUGUUUAUGAGUGCUGAUUCAUGUCUACUUUUCUCAUUAGUUUUUGAUCUUCACUAUGAUUGCUUGUCUAUGUCUGUUUAAUUGUUGACCUUUAAGCAUUGAUAUAAUGAGUUGUCAGUGUCUGUUUUACUGUGAUUGUUAGGUUUUAUGUCUGUUAUGUAUCAUGUGCCUCAUUUGUAAAAGCAUGUGGACUGGGAUUUGGACAAGGCAAGGAGUCCUUUAUACACCACAUUGGUUGUACUAUGAUAAGAUGGAAGAACACCAACAUGUAUUAUCUCUGUCAUAUGAACAGAAUAGAUUCGGAUAAAUAGAUAUAUAGAUACAUAGAUAGAUAUAGAUAUAGAUAGAUAGAUACAUAGAGAGAAAGAUAGAUUGAGAGAUAUAGAUAUAGAUAGAGGGAUAGAUAGAUACAGAUAGAUAGAAAUAGAUAGAUAAAUAUAGAUAUAGAUAGAUAGAUGGAUGGAUUAAAAUUAUAAACUCACUGCAGUAACCAUAACUACUGUUAGCACAUAAAGCUGUGCACACUACACAAACCAAAAACCUGCUUUUACACUCUCUAACAUCUGCAUGUGUAGACAGAGUAAAUUUAAAGAAAUCUAAAAAAUUUUCACACAGGCUUAUUUCACUGUAACAAAGCUGAAGAACUCUGAAGGGGUUUAUUUCUAAAACCUGAAUCUUCAAAUUGUACUUCAGUUUGGGGAUGCUGCUGAUAAAAAAAUAAUUACUUUUGCAUAAUGUCAAAUGAUCUGCGCAUCAUCAGUUAACAUAGACACUCUGCAGUGACACUUAAUCUAUGUGUAGGGUUGUUGUCACCGAGCUGUCUGACAUCACUGGAAACUGUUCAUUUUUUUCUCUCUUCGUGUAAGUAAUUAACGUGAUUACAUCUGUGUUUCUUUUAACAGUUUUCAAAGUCCAUGGUGCUGGAUGCCUACAGCGAGUAUGUGAACAACUUCAGCACAGCCAUGGCCGUUAUUAGAAAGACAUGUGCCUCCAAACCUGGCUUCCUGGAAUUUCUCAAGGUUAGAGUAAGCCAAAAAAGGCAUUGUAGAGCAUUACCGUGACCGAAAAUGUAAUAUUUUCCAAUCACAACUUUUGAAGAAUACCAUGGAUCCGUGGUUAUCAGUUACUGUAAUUUAUCCAAAGGUUUAUUUUAUUAAAAUUUCAUUCAUAAGAUUUAGUCCCUUACAAGAGCUUACUCAGAAGUGACAGCAUUUUCCAGAUAUAAACAACUCCUUUCUGCCCCCAUGCUUCCAAGCCCUCCACUGUUUGAGUUCUCCAAAAUUUCAUCUCACCUGCAGCAUCGUCAGGAGACCAGCAGUGACCGAAUGACUCUGUACGGCCUGAUGAUGAAACCUAUCCAGAGGUUUCCACAGUUCAUCCUCCUCCUUCAGGUAAGUUGUGUGACCGGCUGUGCCAAAAAGAUGGUGCAGUUUGUGGAUUGGACAGCAGAGGGAGUGCCGUUCAUGUAAAAUCGAGGCUUGUUGUUUUUCAAAACGUUCACCUCAAGGGGGACCAAGGGAAGGCUCUGAAGGGAAAUGGUUUCCUCAGAUCUCUUGUUAUCUUGCCUUGAAAUAUUUACUUUUCCAGUGUCUCUUGCAGAAAAAUAUGAGACACUGUGUUGUUUAUUUUGGAGUAUAAGCAUGCAAAAUACAAUUUAAAAGACCCCCAAUACAAAUCAAAAAGCUGUUUAUGAUCCUGCAGCUUUUGAUCUAGAUUUAUUCUAUAAAUAAAUCCUUUGCAGUCAUGAAGAUGUGUACUAUACAUCAAACAAAUUUAGGCUGUUAAGACGUUGGACAGUAUUUAUCCCCACUAACAAAAGUGAGUUCUUUUUGUAUCCCCAUCAGGACAUGCUGAAGAACACACCAGUGGGUCAUGCAGACCGUCUGCCCCUGCAGAUGGCUCUGACUGAACUGGAAACACUGGCAGAGAAGCUCAAUGAAAAGAAGAGGGAGGCUGACCAGCGCUGUGAGAUCCGUCACAUCGCUAAGGCCAUGAACGAACGCUACCUCAACAAGGUCAGCCCACCGUUCAGUGUGUGUGUGUGAAAAUGAGUAAAGAAUGAUGUUGUUAUCUUUGUAGUCAAUAUGAAAAUUUGUAGCUGAUGUUUUUAUUCUUUUAGCCAUCAAAUUUCUCUCUGCUCCAGUAGGAGAUGUUAUCAGAUAGUUGGGCUUCACAUUUUGUCAUGGAUUCUCUUUCCUUCAUGGCGUGUUUUAAGCUCAUGUGCUCUAACACCAACCAGUUUUCCACAAGGUGUGAUUAUUCGUCUAUCCGCAGCUAUCAACUCUGGAAUCUGUAUACAGUCAUGUGUUUACAGGAUACCCUGCACUGGGCAGAAGAGUUUGGCUUCUCGUAGCCUUAAAUUGCUUAGAAUCACUGUUGAUCGCUGUAUAUUAUAUGCUGUAAGCACCAACAGAGGGUUUCUCAGUAGAGGGUUAUAGGAGUGGCACAAUCACGUUUAAUCCAGAGUUUUAUGCUUUUAGACUACCAUUAUAUCAAGAACUAGAUGUAAAACAUGCUAGAUGGGGGUUUUCUGAAUGUGUUCUCUAAGUUUGGGAUGGUUAAAUAAAAAAAUAUUAGUGAUCAGAAAUCCUGCAGAGUUUACCGCUGACUCAUGUAUAUAUAUCUUUUUCAUCAGCUUUUGAGUAACGGCAGCCGCUACCUGAUCCGCUCAGACGACAUGGUGGAGACGGUUUCUAAUGAGCGUGGUGAAAUUAUCAAAACCAAGGAGCGACGCCUCUUCCUGCUUAAUGAUGUCCUCAUGUGUGCCACACCCAAUAUACGGUAAGCAAUACCAGAAACCAGACCUGCUCCGGUCUUUCCUCCUAAAUGAAGCGAAAUAUUCUCUUAUAGCUUCACCAUCUAACUAUUUUAGAAACUUUCCCCCACGCGGAUGAUCCUGUUGUGCUCUUGCCCACUCUGAGAACCUCAUCUGGGAUUUUCUGCCAAUAAAAAUCCUUUCAGCCGAGCUCACUAAAAUUAGUCACUUCAACCAAAAGGAAACUCUCCACAGUAGAGACAGACUGUAAGCUCUGAAUGCAACUGGUGUCCUGGGAGUGACUUUUGACCACAGUGCGUGUCUGCAUUUGGACUGAACUGUACCCACUGUGGAUUACUGCAUAGCCAAGAGUGAUGGAGAGCCCCAUUCAUGGGCUUUUCAGCUCCUGUCCUGUAAUUGUGACAUGAAGGCCACCACAUGCUGCCUCUGGGAAACUCAUCCAAAGAAUUGUUUUUCUGGAUGAGUGACAUUUGACCCCUCAUUUUUCAACAUCUGUGGGUCUCCUCCACACACUCUGAUAUAACUUUCUCAAUUUUCUUACUUUAAUGUAUGUCAUAUUAAUGAAACACACACAAGCAUGUAACCUUCAUCUGUAUUUUCUUCUCUGUCAAGAUUUCAGGAUGGCAGUGGAAGCGGUAAUGGCAACGUCCCACUCGACCAGAAGUUCCUCCUGAAGUGGAGCGUGCCUUUGAGCUUUGUGGAGGUGGUGGAAUUUGGAUCCAGUGAGGACAUGGCCGACAACAGUCACUAUCAAGCACCGCAUUCAGGGGAGAAGGUGGUCAUCAAUGCAAAACCAAGUAUGGACCAAAGUGUCACACUCUGUUUUUCAUGAAUCUGUCUGUGUUUCCCCUCUUUAAUUUGGCACUAAAGGUCAAAAGGUCAGGUAGAAAAGACAUUAAGUCCAGUUGAUGAAUCUAUUACGACAGUGUUAAUGAGUAGAGGCUAAAACCUGCCAUGGGCCACAAAGGUUUUUCUCUCUUUAAUAUGAGUUCACAGCUGCUGGUCAGUAAAGUGCUUUCGCUUAAUGAUUGGUCUAUUUAAUUGUCAGGGUUAAUUAAAGGUGAGGAUCUCUGUGCUGUAGAGGAACUCUUUAAAAUGAGUUUAAAUCGUUGUUGAAAGUAACCGAGCGGUUGAUUCUUAUGAUAAAUACUUCAAUAUUGCACAUUUACAAAAUGGUGUCAGCUCUGCAGAGACCAUUAAGUCAAUCUACGUGUGUUUUUUCCGUUAGCGGUCCUCUGCUCUGCUGGCAGCCAACUCAGAUGAUUUUAGUCUUUCCACUGGUCUCUUCCCCCGUCACACACAGCUGCUCAGCCACUUUAAAAGGCCCAGAUCAGACACACAAGAGGCAUAAUGAGGGUGUAUGAUUGCGGUAACAGCACUGCACUUUAUAUUCCAGGGACUAUAUUUGUUUUUGUAUGUGUUUGUGUAUGUUUGUGCCCAGUCAAUGGCAGUGCACAUCAUAGGGCUGCUAAGUCUCGAGUACGGUGUUUUCCCCUGGUUUGUUAAAGGUUGUAUGUUUUGGAGCUGAGGUCAAAGGGUUGAUAUUUCUGUUGCCGUCAGUAAUCUUUUCCACAGAGAUGCAAAUGUGCUGUACAGAUCAGGGAUUCCCAACCUUUGAACUACAUGGACCAAACAGCAGCGGACAUUUCUGAUGGACAACAGAUUAUUAAACAUCUUAUGGCAAUCCUCAGCUAAUAUUAUGUCAUGAUAGAUCAAGUAAACCAAAAGCAUACUGAAACUAGGACGGCUGUAAAAAAAAAAAAACAACAAUUUUUCAACUUAAUUCAUUGUCUUUUUUGCCUUUCCAGGACAAAACUAAGAAGUAAAAAAAGAGGAGACAGACAGAGAGAGAGACAAAAACAGAAAAAGAAAGAGUCAUAUUUCCACAACCUAGAUACAGAGUUAUUUGUGCUCAUUUGUACUCGAAGAGAUUAUUGCAUGUACUGUACAUAUGAGUACACCCAUGCUUACUAUAUGCCUAUCACAUGCCAAUACCCAUCUCAGCCCAGCUUAUUAUGUAAUGUACUGUAAGUGCACACAUAAAUGGCUCUCAUCUGCAUCUGUGUAAAGUACAGUAAAGAUGGUUGCCAUUUUCUGUAUUUCCAGUGAGUGAUGUUUUUUUAUCAUCCAGUCUGAUGCUGAGCAAUCAAGCUGUCAUCAUAAUUCUGGAUUUUGAUUAUUUUCCUCUUAAGUCUCUAAAAGCGUCCCUGUUUAUAGGCCAAAAACCAAACUUCUUAAUGUUACCUAUUUCACCAUGUUUUCUCUUCAUUAGUCACAAGUGACCUCUCACCCUGCAUGUUUUGCAUGUGCAGCUUUGACGCAAACAAAUCCUGAUAAGUAAAAUGUUAAAACUUUAGCUUUAUUAAAAUUUAAUCAUAAAAAGUUUGUUUUAGCUCUAAAUAGAAACAAUUUACCUUGUGAUGGGGAAUUGAAGGUUGGCCAUUUCCAGGAAAUCAAACAAAACCCAAUACUAUGUAAAUGAGCGUUAGAUCCACUCUCUUGGUUCUGACUAGGUUUUCAUGCCAAGGCCUGGUACUGGUCUCAGGCCUGGUUUUUGAGGACCUUUGCUAUAGCUCACCCUCUCUCACUCUUUCAUUCUCUCUCUCUCUCUCUCUCUCUGUAAUCUCCUGUCUUUAAUACCAUUACAUCAUAUUGAGUCCUUUUCUGCCAGGUGUCACAGUGUCACAUCUAUCACUGGAUACAUCUUGUGAUGGUUCUUUGAUUGUCAGCAUGGUGUCCCUCUGGUGUGUUUUAUUACUGAUGGAUUAUUGUCAGAAUACAUUUAGACCCUUGCUCACAGAAUAUAACAGCUACAGCUGAAAGUGAAUCUAAGUUGGACGUCGCUCAAGUUAUUUUAUGAGUCCUUCUGCUGUGGGAGAUUGUAAUGCAGAUGUCAGCAUGAUAAGUUUAUCCUCUAUCUGGAACCUUUUGCAUUCACACUCCCACAUCCACUCAAACUUGUCUGUUAAUCGUCUGUACAUUUUGAAUUUUCAGCCUUUUUUUAACAUCUUAGCUGUACUCCAUUUUAUACCAUUUUAGCUCCACCUAAGCUUCAUUUCAUGCAGUCUCCAUUGCACCAAUCUCCUGCUCGACCACCUGUCCUCCUUCUAGACUCAUAUUAACAGAUGGCAGAGACAGACCUGAGUAACGUCUGCUCUGUCUGUGAACCUGUGUGUCAGUUUCAGCCAGGAGAAAACCCCAGAGACUCAUCUUAACCUUAUGUGAUGAAGAAGAUACUCUUCUUGAAGGCCUGAGGAAGGCCAUAUGGGUCUUAAUGUGUCAUGCUUUGUCCUUACACACCGCAAUGUGCAAGAGAUUAGACUUACAUAAGUAAAUGGUCAGACCACAUUCCCUUAAAUAGACACUAUACAUAGAACUGCAGAUUCCUUUUACUCUGUUAAUUGGCUUCACUUAGUUUACUCACUUAUUCCCCAACCAGCAUCAGCUCUGUGUGGGUCUGUGGGAAUGUGUGUGCAUAGGAGAAGGCCUGUUGCCAAAGGAACUUUUGACAAGUGGAAAGGAUUGUUUUCUCAGUCCACCGUGUUCAGCCAAAAGCAGCUCGUUGACCAGCCCGCUCGCUGACAAUGACAGGACUCUCCAGAAUAUGAUGUCAUCUCUCUUCAUGUCACUCUGCUUAGUUCAUCUCCUCUUUACACCACACAGUAAUCAGACCACCUCGCACAGUAGCCAUUUAAAGCCACAAUCCCUCUCUUUAACAUGUAAUUUGUAGAUAUUUAGUUUGUUUUUUAGGGCACUGUGUAAUUGCAGGGAUGACUGGUGUGAUUCCUGUGAUGCUUCCAGGGUCUGUUUUGUUAGGAACCUCGUGGCAUUUGGCAGUCUCACAAAGAGCUAUUCAAGAAGCUGGAUCCAGACUGAAAUGGGUUACACAGAGCCAGUUUGCUUUUCUGUGGGAACGUCCAAUUCAGUCAUGGUUGAAUUCGAUUCUUCCCUUUGCCUUUGAACUGUUCAGUACAGAUAACGCACGAACAAGUUGAUGUUUAUGAGUAAUGUUUAUGAGCUCAAGGGUUAGCUUCCAUUUUACAUACAUUUACAUUUACCAAAGGAGAUAAAAGCAGGAAGAGAAGAGAUUAGGCUCUAACACUAGCCUGUUUUUGUUUUAAUCUCCAGCAUUUAUAUUAUGAAGUCACAUCUAUAGGAUUUGAUAUUAAUGGGGGUCUUGGCGUGACACUAUGUCAUAUUAUUUUGGCUUUGUGUAAAGCUCUAUAUGUGCUCAAUAUAGAGCGAGCAUUAGAGGUUUAUUCAGUAUUUCUGUCCUGACCUGAAUUCAGCCCCCUGUGCUUUCUCUGAAACAGAUGAUCCAUGAAAAUUGCAUAGAGUGCAAUUAAAGACUGCAGAUAGCAAAAUUGAACAAAGAGCAUGGCAGCAAACAAGUACAACACACUCUUGUUUGCUCCUAUCAGAGAUGAAAUAAAAACUAGAUAACUUCAGAUAACUUCAUUAUUAGAUCCAGUGACAUGAGUAAAGCACAGUUAGAAAUCACAAAUGUGUGAACACAACUGUAGGCCUGCUGUGUGUCUCUUUGUGUCUGGUGGCGUUUAUGCUCGUGCAAGGAUGAGGAUCUCUUAGCCUCCUCUGCAAAAACCCAGAGGGAGACAUUUUCGAGUAAGAGACCACCUACAAAUGCAAACUCCGGUGAUGCAAAAACAGGGAUAAAAGUUUCCCCGGGAUGCCCAGUCAAGGAGACCUUCGGGAGAGGACUACACUGGGUUGCCAUGGCGUUGAAGCACCCGGCGGACUCUGUGUGCCUAUUGUGCAGAAAGACGAGGAGGAGGAGAAAGUAGAAAAGCAAAAGCAAAGAGUCAUUUUGGUGCCAAAGACUCAAAUGCUGUGUAACCCUUUAGUCCCUGGUGCACUAAAAUGCAGUUGAGGUUUGAUUUGAGAGAGGCCUGCCCUGGUUAAAUGAAGCGUUUGAUCAAAUGACCUCAAUAACUUUUUUUUUUUGAAGAUUUGGUCAACUGACAUGCAUUCCUCAUGUGCUGCUACUGGUGGUGGAGAGGGGGGAAGGGGAGGGAAAAAAAUAAAAGUUUGUUUUGAACAAAUUUCUGAUUUUUGACCAAUUAUGUUCAGUAUGUUUACUUAAUCUGAUUCUGAUGGCUAUGAUGUUCAUUUUUGGCAAAUGUUUUUUCUGACAGUUAAGCCUUUAGGUUAAAAUAAUGACAUGAAUUGAGUGGAGAGAGAAGAGAAGGCCUGCCAAAUCUUUGAUGAGCCAUGCGGUUAUGUUCUGCACAGCAGGGUUUUAUGCACACAAAGUAAGCCCUCACCUUCUUUUUGAUACAGAACAACAACAACACAGAAAGAGCUUCAAUCACAGCACAUCACUCAGGAACACAAGAGUGAGAUAUUUUCAGUUCUAAAGACCACCUAUCCACAUAGCUUUUGCAGCAUGCAUGGACUUGUAUAAGAAAGGAUGAUGUAUGCUGACAUGCAGGAACAAAACAUUUUUGUGGCCUCUGAACUACGUUACCAUGAGAUCACGGUGUUCUUGUCAACAAGCGAGCACACUGGUGAGAUUCACUGCCAAGUUUGCAGAGCUGUCACUGCUCCCUGUGGGAACCCGACUGAUUGGCCGUUAUUGAUCUCUGUCUUUGUUUGUCCAGUUUAACUGCUCCUCUCAUCAAACCUGUCUCAAACGUUGAUGCCUGUAUAUCCACGUGUCUUCAAGGAUAAUGUUGAAGACACCAGCCUUUAACAGCUCAUCCUGAUUUCUUUUUAAAUCUCUUUUGUAUUUUUAUUAUUUGGGUUGCAAAGAUUACGCUGUCUUAAAAGCAAUUUGUGUGUGUGUGUGUGUCUGCAAUUUUCCAUAGACAAGCUGUACAUGGGCCCCGGUCAGUUGUACCAGGAUCUGCAGAACCUGAUCCAUGACCUUGGCCUGGUGAACCAGAUCUCUGGCAUGAUCUGCAGCCUCAAAGGCAACUACCAGGUGAGAUACACAUCAAGCACUGAAUUAAAGUUGUGUCAUUUUAACUUUUCUGGUCCAUAUCGGAUAAUUGGGGUAUUUGAUAAGGACGAUGUUAAAAGAAUUAAAAUCCUCAAAUCUAUUUUCCUCUCUGUCAUGUCUCGCGCCCCCAGGCCACUGUAGGUUCCCCCUUCCUUUAAGAGCGCUCCCCAUUUCGCACACACACCAGUGUAAACAAACAUGGCGUUUGCAAAAGAAGGUGAUAAUUUUGUGGCUAAAAGGGGCAAGAGCAAGUCAGUUGUGUGGAAUUGGUACGGCUUCGCAGUUUUGGGCUGAAGAGCAAACCACUCCCUGCACCAAAGUCUGUCUAAAGGUGCUAUCAAUCUGUCCACACAGAAACAAAUUCAGGAGUACACACUCAAGUUUUUUGUUAUAUCGCAGUUUCAUCCACACGGAAAUGGCGUUUUGGGUGACUCUAAACAGUACUUUUUGAAAAUGGAUACAAGAGUGCAUAAAUCCGUGAACGAAUACCAUUUCCCUUCGUGUGGAUGCUUCUGCAUCUCUCGAAACGAUUAUGUGACACACGGCGUAACUCUUUUAUGGCGGCUGCGGGUGUCCCGCCAAAACAGCCUUUAUACGUGUGCUUUAUACUCUUCUUCUCUCUUUCAUGCAUAUCCUGGGCAGCAUUACAGUGCCACUUAAUGGCUUGGCAUAUCCACUACAUUGUUUUCAGUGGUUUCGUUUCGAGAGAUGAUAGAAAAACAUAUUUUUUUAUAAUGAAGUUUGUUGAAGUUGUCAUUGAAUAAAAAAUUGAAAUUGAAAAUUGAGGUUUUCAGAGAAAAAAAUCAGGAUUUUAUUUUUGGCUGAAAUCAAGUAUAAUUCAAUCAUGUUUGAAAAGGGCAAUCCCACUUCAAAAUUCAUAAAUCUGCUUUGCCAAGAAAAAACUAGGGUAUGUUAUUGAUGUCACUUGACUAACUCUGAGUUCUUGGAAAAGUUAGACUGUCUGUUAAUAUUUGUGCAAGCAUGAACAAAAUUGACAUUGACUAAUGUUCCUGCAGUGUACCUCAGGACUCUUAAAAUCACAUCCAUGGUGUUUCCCUCUGGACGUCCAUAAGGGCUGGGCUGUUAUGAUGAGAUAUAAUGUUCAAGCUGUGGAAUGUGCCAGUGUGGGCAAUUUGUUUCUUGGAAACCAGGAGUCUCUUAAGUCUCGAUUUGCACCAUUCAAGCCUGUCAUGUCAUUUUACCACACACACGCAUACACAAGCCUGUGUGUGUGUGUGCAGUUGGAAAGAAGGUUUACUUUGCAGAACACAGCGUUAGUGUGUGAGGUUGUGUUUGUGCUGUGCUGGUAGGUCUGUUAGAGGCAGAGUGGGAGGCUGAGUAGCAGAGCAGCUCUCAGAGAAGAUGUGUGAGGAUGGGAAAGGAAAGAAAGAGGCAAGGGUGAGAAGUGUGAGCUAUUCACUGCCGAUUUGAAAAACGAUGCUGACAGUACACUCAAAAUAGAUCUCUGCUGAAAUGUCUAUUAUGUAUCCUGAAAACAUGUUUCAAUGGUCUAAGGCUUUUCAGCCAUUGGACGCCUCUGAAAACAGCUUCAGUAUAACAAUGCGAUGAUUCCCCAGGUUUUUGAAAGUCUGCUCGAUUUUCAAAGGAUUUGCUCAUAUUUGGUGUUUGAAUGUUGUGGUAUAAACAAAUAACUGAAUCCAAAAGCCGCAAUGAAUGUUCAGUUGAUUAAAGACUUGGUAGCCAUUCAGUGAUGAAUUAUUUUCCACAGUGUCAUUUUGUUCCUUUGUAUUUUGUCCCGUACUCUAGUUUUAUUGUCCCCUAAUAUCAUGAGUCUGCUUUUGCUUGUUUUUCCUCCUUUUUUGUGUCUCUCCACUUUUCUUCUAUUCAGAAUGUGAACUCCACAGUGGCGCAGGACUGGGUAUCAGGUCUCCAAAGACUGAUAAUGAAAAAGGAGGAAGAAAUCAGGGCAGCUGACCGGUGUCGGAUCCAACUCCAGCUACCUGGCAAACAAGACAAGUUUGUGUUUUUGCAUAACUACGUAUUUAGAGUUCUUGACACUUCCUUAAAUCAGUCUUUCUGGCUGCAUAAGCAGUAUUUUACCAGCCCCCAGUCUCCGUCCUUAACACCCACCCUUGAUUUGUUUAUCCUGGGUUUUCCUCUUUAUCCCUUGUUAACCUGCUUUCUCCUGCUGUCCUCUCAGUCCCUCUGCAUACUUUCAGCUAUAAGAGAGAUUAUUACAGUACAUUUAGAAAUUUGGAAAAACAAGUUCCUCCACCAGCUGUAAUCUGAGGCAUGAAUCUCAGUGGAGCAGUUGUGUCUCCGUCUUUGCAACCAAAGGCUGCCCAGUUACUGCAGCUGCUUCUGGACACAAAUAAUCGUGUCACACAUUCAUUACACACACUAUUAUAGUACUGCACGUGGUCCCCCAAGGGUGCACCUUGUCUUGGCUUCUUCACAUUCCCUCUUUUUCCCACUUCCUCGUCCCUGCAGCACUCAGAUGGGGGGAUUAUCCACGGGUAUGUUUGGAAACACAGCUGUGCAUCUGUCAUUCCUCUCAUGAUCCCUCAAUCCUGAAACACACAAAACCCAACACCAGCAAACAUCAGUACCACACACACACUACAAAUGCACACAGUUUGUGCUCACGAGCUGCUGGCGGAAGUGAUAAUUGACAUUGACAUGUAUCACAUUUCUGUUGCAGUCUGCUAGUCAGUCAGGAUUGAAUUGACAGAUUCAUGUCGCCUCAGGCUGGGAUUCACAUAAAACAAGCUUUCUAUCGGAACGUAUUUGGUGUUUUGCUAUAAUAGGUGCAUUUCAGUGGAUUAUUUUGUGCACAAAAUGUAAAAUUUAAACAACUCUCAUGAUAAAUUUUUUAUGCAAAUGCAGACCUCUGUGAUUUCCAGAGUGUUGACACAUUUUAUGGCACAUGAUUCAUUCACAGCAGUCUUUUCACAGCAUUUCUGAUGUUUAGGCUUUUAUAAUUCAUGGACUGAUUUUGAAAUAUGAGUACUUUUUAAAAAACUGGAUGUUAAGACUAGAUAAAAAAGGGCAAACAAAAAUUUUACUGACAAGAUUUAAUCUAUCUAGGUUGUAAUUUGAAAGGCCUGUUAGAGCCCGAUAUAUAACAAUACCCAAAAUGUUAUUUAAAAAAUUGUAAUCACUAACCUAAAAUGUAAUGAGUUGCUACAAAAAGUUACUACGUUUUGGGCUUAGCAUCUUGUUACAUUAUCAACCACUUAUUAAAUUUUUUUUUUUUUUUUUAUCAAACAUUUUGGGUCAUCAUUACAUAUCAGGCUCUAGCAACUUUAUCUACAUUUUUUAUGUCAGGGAGUCCCAAUGUGUGAUGCUGUUUCACCGUUCAGAGAGAGCGGGGAGAGUUAUUGAGAGGAAACACGACUUAGAUUUGUACAAGACAAGACCAGCAAAGAUAGAAGAUACACCCUUUUGUCCACUCCAGAAUCACACAAUGCAAAGGCUCUUCACUAGAGCCCUGAAGAAAAAACCUUUUUGAAUGUGUAGUACAUGAGUGUAUGAUUAUAGCCCAGAAUAGAUAGUAAGGAUUUUGUGUUUAUUGUUUACUGUGAACAGAAGUGUUAAGAUCUAGCUGUCGUACAUUUUGAAUAAAUAUAAGUGGCUCAGGGAAACAUACACAUUUAUAACAUUAUAUUGUAAAUUCUACAUAAAGAAAUAUCAACAAAUUAGACAUAAAGGGACCUUUUGCAUAUUUGUGCAAAGUGAUGACUUAAACAUAAUGAAAGUUAGAUUUUUAUCUCAGGGUUCUGUUCAUGGGUGUUUAUCUCUCUCUCUGUCUGUUUUGCAGGUCGGGUAAACCCACUUACUUCAGUGCAGUGUUCAACACUCUCAGCCCAGCCAUCAAGCAGUCAUGGAUCAGUAACUUGCAGAUGGCAAAGCUGGCUCUAGGUACAGUGUAGUGCUCAGCUCAGCCCGGCUGUAAAUGCUCCUGUCUUAGUUACACAUUUGUUUUUCUAUUGUUGUCGUCUGUCCGUGUAUUUAUUUCCAAAGGAGCUGUACUUUGUUGCUUUCUGCUUUACCUAUCUCUUCAUUCUGUUGUCUUUGACGAUAAAUAUGAUAGGUAACUGCAAUACUACAAACACCAUCAGGCUACUUAAAGAGAGGUUAUUUAAAUACUCUUGUGCAAAAGAUGUGCUCUUCAUAUAUUCGGAUUAAAUCAAGUACUAACUAUGUGUGUGUUUUUGUGUGUGUGUGUGUGUGUGUGUGUUUGUUACAUCAGAGGAAGACAACCUGCAGGGCUGGUUCUUUGCAGAGGAUGAUGGGAAUCACAUCAAGAAGCAGAAGCACCCUCUCUUGCUCCGGCAAAUGCCUGUGGUCAUGUCAAAACUACAAGAGUUCAAGGUCAGACAUUUCCCUUUCCCAUACGCUUGCUAACUGACAGAAAAUUGAAGAUAAUCUGGGGUCGCUUUGCUCAUUUGUUUGGGGCUUGGGGCUAAUUUUGCAAAGAUGGUGGGUUUGAUCCCUCUGUGGGUCAAUGCUCACACUGUAGCAGCCCUAACAGUAUUUAAUUAGACAUCUUAUUCAAUUUCUUAUUCUGUGAUUUGCCCCUAAUGUAAACUUACACUGUUGUUGAGGAGACAGCCCUAUUCCACCAGUGUAGGUCAGUCACUUGGUGAGUAGUUCUACAUUUCCUGUCAAAUACAGGGGAUUAAUUUGUUUAAUAUACAAAAUAAGCUUGAAGAGAUAUAUUUUAGUAUAGAGUUUAGUAGACUAGCCACAUGUCUACUAAACCCACCUACCAACCUAGUGGUACUUUGCCAGUGCAUUCAAAGGCGCAAGAGGAGUCCUCCAAAAACUAAAGCCAGAAAACUUGCAUGAGCUUACAGUGAAAGGUACUCUAAAGAUGUUCAUGAUGACUUCAUGUGCUGUGCUCCUUCUCUCUUACACUCUGUAUACUUGUCCAUUAUGUAUUCUUCUAAAUACCUACCCAAACUACAAUAUAAGAAAUCCAAAAUAAAAAAAAAUAAAAAAAUUCCUGUCAAAAUAGAGUUGCGUAUAACUGCCAGUUUAUUAUUUCUAGUCAUUAAUUAUACAAUAUUUUAUCUAAAAUAUCAGUUUUACUCGUCACAAAGCCAUUGUGAAUAUCCAUGAUGGCAUUUUUACUCUAAUUUUGAAAAUGGCAACCUGGAACAUUGAUAUCUGAAAUGGUCAUUCAUAUCUGGUCUGAUGUAAGACUUAAAACUGUGAACAAAUACCUGAAGAACCGUAAAGUCAGGGUUGCACAAAGACUGUAUUCUGUCUCAUUCAAGUCAAACUAAAGAUCGUUUGAGUUACAUUUAAAGUGUUAUUAUAGAUUGAUUGAGAUGUUACUUUUUUACUGAGAGAAAGUUUUCCAGUGUUGCAACAGGAAGGGGUGAGGUUAGGUUGUGUACUUAAACAGUGUCCUAUACUCUCAUCCCAAGUCCCUGUACAAUUCAGUCAAACAGUAGCCCUCUAAAGUAGGUUUAGUCUAUAAACCAGGCAGUUAAUGACCUGAUGGUGUCAAAGUCAUUGAAUUGAUCCCUGUACAAGCCAGCUUUCACAUUAUUGAUCGAACAUGUGACUAGUUAAUCAUGGGCUGAGAUAAAGUGUGAUAUGUUUUGUAGUGUACAAGUACAGUGGACUAAUCACCUCCUCGUGUACCUUUGGAUUUCCUUGUUUCUUUUCAUUAGAACACGCUAUGACACAACAUUCACUUUAGGACUGGAGUCAGGUCACUGACAUUGACCGGCGAAUUUGAGUAAAAAUGAAAUAAUACGGAGUCUUUGUCAGUUGGUGAGAAUGUCAUGGGUUUGAUCGUACCUUUGAGGUAAUACGGGUCAUAAAAGAUAUGUGCUGUCUUUCUGAGUCAGACAUAUAAAGCCACACUGACUGUCAGCACUUGAUCUAGACUUCCACCAGUGCUUGAAAGUCCUCCCUCACCCUGCGUGUGUUGAAGAGAAGAUAAGAUCACAUCCCAGAUCAGAAGGUCUAGAUUUCAUCAUGUCAGCUGAGGUGUUGGUCAAAUACACUGAUCUUAGCAUCAUAGGGAAUAAACUUGACAAAUAUUAUUGAAUUCUGUAUGAAUAACUUGUCUUUGUUUAGAUUUAUGUAUUACUUUUGUUGAUGGCUAAAGCUCUUUUGCUGUAGAUUUGUCAGGCUUUUGUUCCUACCAGGAUCUGUGUUAUUCACUCUAUGAGUUCCUACAUGCUCUCCUCUGACCUGUUUCUUAAUCUUUCCUCUGACUCUCUUGUUUCUUCCUGUUCUGCUACAGGUGGAAUGUGCGGUCCAUAAUCCAGAGCCUCAUAUCAACACAGAGAGCACAGCCGACACUCCGGCUGUGGGUCAUGGUUGUGUCUGGGUGAGACAUUGUCCUACACUUUCAAAGAAAAAAAAGCACAUUUUAUCAAUCACACCAAAUAAGUGGCCAUCUCUGGCUUGUAUCGGUACACACAAAUGUGAAGGAGACACACUCUUGAAUCUGACUUAAUGGAGGGUGUGGAGCGAGUCUUUAAUUAUCAAAUGGUGCAGAAAAAUAUUUAUUUUAAGCAGCUAACACGACUGAGGGCUGACCCUUUUGCUGUCAGAGAGUCUGACUCUUAGUUUUAGCGUAGAGCUCAAGUGUGUGAGCAGCGCAGAUGGUAAUUCUCUGCUGUUUAUUUAUCGAAAUGUCUGAUGCCCUGUUUAAGAAAUACAAUCUGAGUUUGAAAGUGUUUGCUUUAGCUCUUUCUCAAAAUAAGCAGUGACUCAUAAACAUUGAUGGUCAGGAAAAAGCUUUGUUCUGCUGAGGGUAUAAACAUCACUGUUGAGUUAUUUUGAUGGUGAUGUAAUAUUUAAACUAUUGCUGAAAGAUGUCAAACUGGAAUAUAAACAUUUAAAGUUGUAAGAUAAUUGAAUCAAUGAUUUUUGGUCUCAUGAGACUUUUUUAAACUUCAUGAAUUUUAAAGGAAUGUCUGAUUUAAGGUUACACUUUCAGCAGCCAUUUUUGUUUUUCUUCUGUUUGUUUUCUCGGUUUAGUAUCUCUCAGAAAAGUAUCCAGUCAAACAAAUAUUUAUUGUCCCUUAUUUCUGAUCAGGUUGCAAGCUGCACCAACCAAAUGGGACAGAUAUCUAUAGUGGCCAUGCAGAACUCCAGCCCUAAAGUGACUGAGUGUUUCAACGUCGAGUCCCGUAUCCUCUGCAUGGCUUACGUCUCUGCAGAGCAGCCUGAGGAGAAUGGCGAGAAGGUCACUGAGAACAAUCAUGUCUCUUCAACGAAGGCCAGUGAAACCCCAAGUGUUUGCCUGGGCAUGGAGGAGGGAAGGUACAGCACACUGUGGACUUUAAAAAGUGUUUUCAUGUCAGUUUUAAGCUGGACAAAAACAGUCCUGUAAGAAAUACGUAUGUGUCAUAUUGCCCUUGUUGAUGAAAAAUAAAAAUAAACAGUUAAAAAAAUAUAUCACACACAGAUUUUUGUAAAAACCAAACAAAAUGAGACCAUAAUGUGAUUGGAAAAGUGUUCAGGUUUGUGUGUUGUUAAGAAGUGGUUGUGUACCUUUAAUAAGACAUCAUGCUUUGGCAAUAGAGAGAGUGCUGCUGGUAUCUGUCAGGGUUAAGAUUAUACCCCAAAACUCUCCAAAAUGUUCCCUGGUGAGGCAAAAUAGUGACUAAAGAUAAAAGAUUCCUUACAAAACAUUUUAAGGUUGUCUCUGAUUCUGGUCUUUUGCAGCAUCAUUGUGUACAAGAGCAGCCAGCGCUCCAAGAAAGUUCGUCUGCAGCAUUUUUUCACCCCAGACAAGUCUACUGUCACGAGCCUGGUCUACAAGAAACACUGUCUGUAUGCCGGCCUGGUCAGUGGCUCUGUGGCCAUCUACUCCAGAUCACAAGGUGUGUACUUAAGGAGAGAAGAGAUUGUGACUUUGUUUAUCUCUGGUGUGACAGUUUCAUAACCAAAGCUUUGUAGUAUUUGUUGAUUCUCCUAAAUAGCCAAAAUUGGGGCAAUUAGCAGGCUAAAACACUGUUAUUGUGUGAAACAGAUAAUGCAUUCAGUCAGUUAAUUAGAUUUGGUUUUCAAACUGUGUAGGCUGACAAUGUUUACUUUAAUAUGCAGUCUGCGCCAGCUGCCUUAACCGUAAUUGGCCACUUUGACAAAUAGGUGCAGUGUUGGUGGCUGAUGUGCUAACUUUGCCACUAAAUUAAGUAACUUUAAAUCAUCCUCUACUGACAGCAUUCACCAAAUCAAAUUAGCAUCCAAGUCAAUUUUUCAAGUUUAAAAUUCAUCUUGUCACAAUGCUAAGCUGUUUGGGGCAACACAGAUGAACAUUUGGCAGCCAUGAAUGAAGGAGUUAUUCUGGGUGGAAUACAGGCAAAGCUGUUUUUUCCCUCUGUGAGUCACUAGGUUGCUGUUACUGUGUAGCUUGGGGUCAGGGGUCUCCCCUCCUCUGCUCUGCUCUGCUCUGAGGUUCUGCUUCCGUCUGCUCUGUUGUCAGGGAGAAGCCAAUCUGUUAGCAGUGACCUAUUUAACGUCUUCCCUCCCUGACAGGCACAGACAUAUUAAGGGAAAGUAUCAGGGCUGCUCUCUUCCCACAUUCUUUCACAUUCUCUAUUUCGUCCCAUGUCUUAUUGGUUUUCAUAGCAGCGCAAACAGAGGCUCUUUGAGCUUCCUUUCUGUGUGAUUCCACUAAGAUGGGUAGAUAUGCCAGGGCAGAGUCCUUGUAGUUCUUGGCUCUCGAUUGUUAAUUUUGGUGUCAUUACCCUGUGAUGCAACUCUUACUUGAGGAGUGUUUUAAUAACCUACUGUAAGUCACACAUAUUCAUUCCAUUGUGCUCUUAUAUGACUCAAAAGUACCUCCUUAGAGGUGCAGGGAAUUUAAUUUUAAUGUUGCUGCUCUAGCUUUCUUAAAGGGAUAUUCCAGUGUAAAAUUAGGUUAUGGUAAAACACACUGUAACACGAUAGCAAUACACAGCAGUCUACGUCUCCACAUGCAAACCUCAACCAAAAAGCCACUCUAUAGCAACAAAUAAUGCUCAGAACAGCACGUUACUUCCUCAACAGCACAUAUAGGGUCCCAGCCAUAGUACUAGCCAUUUUUAAGCUUUUUCUAAUUUUUUUAACAAAGAGACUAAACACAAUUCGCCCACUCUCUUCCAGCAGCCACUUGUUUGUGGGGGACCCCUGACGAGUCGAUCACCGAGUGCAGCGGAGUUUGGCAGCUCAAGGAAGAACAUUCAUAAUUAUUACUUCAUGGAAAUUGAAUCAGACCAAGAUGCUUAGGCUGAAGAACUACCGUAUCUGCCAUGCAAAAUAAUUAUCAGGAUUUUUAUUUCAUGGAAAUGAUAAAGAAAUGAUCAUAAAUUUUCUUCCUUGAACUGCAAAACUCCGCUGCACUCGGUGAUCGACUCGUCAGGGCUCCUCUCACAAACAAGCGGCUGCUUGAGGAGAGUGGGUGAGUUGUAUUUAGUCUCUUUGCUAAAGAAACCAGGCAUUGCUAAAAAGAUGUCUGGUGGCUAGUACUAUGGCUGGGACCCUAUAUGUACUGUUGAUGAAGUUAGGUGCUGUUCUGAGUAUUAUCUGUGGCUAUAGAGUGGCUUUUUGGCUGAGGUUUGUGCGUGGAGCCAUAGACAGCUGUGUAUUGCCAAUGUGCGGUUGUUACUAAAGUUGGUAUAACUAGAGAAGCAAGCAGUCAGCAACAUUUAUCUCUUAAGGGGGUGUCUAACUCAGUGUUAUGGUGUGUUUGACCAUAACUUAAUUUACACUGGAAUAUCCCUCAAGGUGAUCUGUUAGCUUUGUGUGUUGCAGAGAGAUGACAGAAACAUUGACAUACAGACUGAGAAGAAAAACACAAGAAGAUGAGUGUUCAGACAUUCUUUGCCUGGAGAAAUAAACCCUGUAGUGUAUGCAACCGUUUAGGAAUGUACUGUUAAACUGCUUGUUACCGCUUCUUUCAAUGGUUGUGUCACCUCACUGCCUCCUGUAUUUUUAACACAUCAGUUAUUAGACCCUGGCACAGUCAGUAUACCACUGCUGGUGUGAGUAAAUGUCCCAACAGUUUCAGAAGAUGUUUUCCGUUUUUUAUCACCACUGAGGUGUCAAAUAGAUUCUCAGAAGGAAGUACAGGCCCCAAAUCCUCUGAGUCUCACUUGUUUGAUUCCUCUCCAUCAACAGCACAGCUCUGUCACUGUCACUGGAACAUGAUGCCUGCUGCUAAAAUGAUGACUCACUCUGGGUUGUUGGUGAGGACACUGGUCCCUUCUUCUCUGUUAAAAUGCUGCUCAAGUAUUUUGUCACAGUGAAAGGCUUGAGCCUGUACUCCAUUAGCAUUUAAAGCAGACUCUCGGUUUACAUUGCCGAGAAGAAAGCCAGCAAAGCAAAGAGGAAUGAUCUGCUUAUGUUCUUUGAUGUAGAAAUGUCAACAGAUCAAAGGGGACCCUCACAGUGUACAGUGACAAGGCGUUCGAAAAACAACCGAAGAGACGGGAAUGUUGCUUUGUCUUCAAAGCCAUCAGUGCUGAGUAAUCCUGCGUGGAAAUGCUAUCCUGCAGAAGAUGCAGCAUGUCUGAAGCUGGCCAGUCAGCCUCAUUCUGCCAUGCUAGCUAUUUCCUGUUUCAGCCUGUGUCAGAGACUGAGAGAGAAGGAGGGAGUGAUUCAACAAAGGUCACGCAUCAUUGCCAGACUGUCAGAACAUGAUUCUCCUCUGCGUUGUCUUCAUAAGUCAUCAUCUUUUUCUUGUUGAGGGUGUUGGACACGUUCUGUGUUGUGUUGCAUCUUAGUCACACUUUCCCUUACCAACGCUGAUUGCAAUAUAGAAAUUUGAGUAAUGGCUCUUUCAAUACCAAUGCAAUCAAAUAUAUUGUUUAUGUAAUACAUUUGUUGAACUUUCUCACCAUUAACCCUUUGUGAACAAAAUAUGAUUGCUGCUAAUGACGAGUGACCUGGCUCACAACACUGCAGAACUCAUGAACUGAAAAUUGCCAAAAAAACUAUAGUUUUUGUUAUGAAACAGAUUAUAUGUUGUUGUUUUUUUUAAUUGUUUUUUAUUAUUCCACCAUAUAUACAGAAUAUUACAUUCAUUGCUAUUGUUACAUUCACCUGCAGUCAAUCAAUCAGUCAGUUUAUAUUUGUAUAUCUCAGAUUCUUCACAAUAAUAUCACGACACUUUACAAAAGAGCAGGUAGUCUUUGUUAUACUAUUGCCCAACAUGAUCAAAAUCUUUGUGUAAUACUUAGCUUGUAGCAGUAACAGGAACAAACAUUUCUCAACAGGCAGAAGCCUUAAGUAGAACCUGGCUCAUGUUGGAAAGCUGUAGAUAGAUAGAGCCAAAACGUAAACAACAGCUCUUCCAGAACAGAAGAAUGGGUACAGUGCUAAUUAAUCAUGGUAAAAGUAUGCAUACUAUUUGUACACACAGCAAAGUUAUGUUAAUCAACUGAUGACUGUGCAGAGUAGCUGUUUACUAUUAACGCAGUUAUUUAGCUAAAAUGAGUUUGUCUUAAAUGCUCUUAAACAAUAGUUACCAAUAGAGAUGAGGAAAAGCUUGAGGUUUGAUUAUUAUUCCUGAUAGAUCAGUGCACUGAACGCAUGAUCAACUCAAAGGGAUAUUCCAGCGUAAAAUUAAUUUAGGGUCAAACACACCGCAACACUAGUUAGACACCCCCUUAAGAGAUGAAUGUUGCAGACUGACUUUAGUAGCGACCACAAAAUAGCAAUACACAGCGGUCUAUGUCUCCACACACAAACCUCAACCAAAACGCCACUCUAUAGCCACAGAUAAUGCUCAGAACAGCACCUAACUUCAUUAACAGUAUAGGGUCCCAGCCACAGUACUAGCCACCAGACAUCUUUUUAGCAAUGCCUGGUUUCUUUAGCAAAGAGAACAAACGUAACUCACCCACUCUCUUCCAGCAGCCACUUGUUUGCGAGGAGCCCUGAAAAGUCGAUCACCGAGUGUAGCAGAUUAUUUCCUUAAAAUAAUAAUCGUUAUAAUAAUCAUUUUGCACUGCAGACGUGGUAGUUCUUCUGCCUUAGCAUUUCGGUCUGAUUGCAUUUCCAUGAAGAAAUGAUCAUAAAUGUUUUUCCUUGAGCUGUGAAACUCCGGUGUAAAAUCAACGCCCUAGCUUGAUUUUACACCGGAGUAUCCCUUUAACAGGCUACUUUAUUAUCAUCCUUUGGGUAAGAAGAACCUCACUAUUUUAAUCAGUGAUCAGUUUUUGUGCAAAUAAACCAUCACGAUGAGAAAGGUGCAACCAACACUGACUUCAAGGAAUACCGUGUAAGAAGUAAGAUGUGGGCAGACUCGCAGAAGACUUCGAGUUGAUACUCCCGUCUCCACUUCUUCUUUGCUUGUUCUUUUACUCUUUAUGCUAACAUGCAUCCACCUACACAUAAUGAUUAUCAAAAUGAUAUACACAGGGCAUUAGUGGAAUGCUAACCCCACCUUGCCCCUGUAGAGGGAGAUUACUUUCACUUCCCCAGUCAUUAUACUGUACCUCCCAAAGACCAUCUCUCCCUGCUUGGCACCUCUGCCUUCAAUGGCUGUCUUUGUGCCUUCUCUUGACAAACAUGGCUGGUGAGGCCUCAUUCACUUCCUGGCCUAGAUUAACUCAGGCAAUGUGGUAUCAGCAAGGAAUGAAGUUCAUAUCCAACUCAGUGCCACAGGACUAUUUGGUCUGAUGCACAUUCCUUGUUUUGUGUGUUACUUUGAUCGAGUGUAGAGCUUUUUCUACGUUUCUUCUAAAUUAAUGAUACACUGAUCAAAAUCCAACCCAGUAAAUAGCUGCAGGAAUGUAAUUUGUUAUUUUUAAAGGCACUGCAUGGGGUGUUACAUUGCAGUAGAGCUGGCACUGUAGGUGCCCAGGCACAUGUAGAACACAGUGUGUAGGAGGAGUGUGUGGGAUGAAGCUCAGCUCUGACUAACGCUUCACAGCCCAUCUAUAUUCAUAGCGAAGGCUGUGAAAACCAUCAAUGGCCAUUCUAGCAGCAUAAGCAGAGUCGUAUAAAUGCAGAUGACCUUUUCAGACAACACUUCUGAAGAUGAAGUGACUAUAACUGUGUCUGCCCUAUGAAGUGUAAACCAUUUCUCUUUAACCUUUACUUGGUAAUGAUAAAGGUUUACAUUGUAAAACGAACACAACACUGACAGAAGAAGAGAAACAGCACUCUGUUUUUUUUUUUUAUAAUGCUAACAUUUUAUGCAUUUGAUGUCCCAACCUUGCAGAGCACACGCAUAUAUUCUGUGCAUGCAUAAACUGCUUUUCAUCGGGUACUUUGUGAAAGGCUUUGAUUUAUUUAUGGUGGUGUGGUGCUAAAGUUACUCUUCUUUUCUGUGUUCAAGAUGGUUCAUGGAACUCUGAGAAACCUAAGGUACUGAAGCUGGGAGUCCUCCCAGUCAAGGCCAUGCUGGCUGUAGAGGAGCACCUCUGGGCAUCAUCAGGUGGACAAGUUUUCAUCAUCAGCAGCCACACUCACUCUGUAGAGGUAAGAAAACUCAGGUGAUACUGUCAAGCUAUAAUCACAUCACAUGUUAGCAUCAUACACAGCAGCUGUGUGUGGGUGUUGUAAAUCACACCAAGUGUACGUCUCUUCUUGUCAAGUCUGUGGGAAAAUCUGUUGAUCUAAAGUGUGGCUCAGACCAGGAAAUGCAAUAAGUAAGCAAACAGUUUAGAGAGAUCUUUUUGUUUAUCUUACAUGAAGAUGAAGUUGAAAUGAAAAUGUCUCUGACAGUCUUUCUGGCUCAAUAUGAAGAAAACAAAACUGGGGAGUGAGACAUCAACACAAAGAAACAAAAGGAGACAGAGUUUAGUCUGCAGAGGAAGGUCUUGUAUUGAGCAUAAUGAAUCUUUUCGUGGAACGUUUCAAAGAAGCACCUCCUCCAAACAUUGGUUUGCAGGUUUUUAGAAACCUUAGUAGAUUACAGUUAUUAAUUUCCUUCUUGGGUUUCUCCUGUCUGUGUCCUGAAAUAUGGAUGAUAAUCCUUGUAUAUGUUCCAGCCUGGUUUAGGGAGUUGAAGCACCUGCCAUUGGUCCAGGAAUAGUAACCUUCCUCUGACAUGCACUCACUCAUAAUCUGUUUAGCCUCAUUAAGCUCAUUAUGUUGGACCACCUGCCUGUCUCGCUCUCCUUUCCCAACUGAAGAACUUACAAUUAGUCUUGAGUGCAGACUGUAAGUGAGGGACUGAAAAAGAGGAACAAAUGCUGAGAGGGAAACUGAAUGUUCACAUGUUUGAAGUCUUAAUCCAACAGAAAUAAGGCCAACUCUGUUAGUCUCCAUGAUGAGUUCAGUUAAAUUGAUGCUUAUAUGCCCCAUAAUGAAAUUAGAUAACGAAACUAUUAUUGCUCACAGUAAUGAAGCAAAAAGAAAAAGAGAUGAUUUUAUUAAAGAGGUGUGAAAAUGCUGGUUUUUCAACCCUUGUGAAAGUCCCACUAUUGUCUAAAAAUUGGCAUCAACAAUAAAUAUCUUUGAUGCUUUUUGCAAAAUAGUACAGAGGAAAAAAAUCAUUGUUUUGUUCAUUCAUGUCAGAUUAAGUGCCGUCUGAAAAAGAAAUGUGGUUCUUUGAAUUGAUUUAUAUUGUUAAAGCAAGUGAAGAUAACAAGACCCUAAACAUAAUAACAACCAUUAAUACUGCUUUGUCUCUAAACAGAGUCGAGGGUUGAUUUAUGUCCUGAGCUUUUUCUCAUGAGUUUGUAGUCAGAGGCAGUCAACACAAGACUAUCAAGAAUUCACUUUGAAGCUGCAGAGCCUUUGCUAAACCUGAGUUCAAAGUGUCACCAACAACUGUGGUGAAUAAUUUGUGCAAAGCCCUCUGUAGUUCUGAGUUUUCAUUCUGCAUAUUUGCAGACACUGUCUGUUGUAUAAAUUAUUCAAUCCUAACCUCACUUCCAUGCUAGAAUAACAAAGUGGUAGUUAAAAACGGAUUUUUCUUCAGACAGCAUGAUACUUCAAAGUGUUAAGAAUGAAACUGGGUUUUAUUUUUGUAAAAAGUAGAAAGGCAAGACCUGACCUGAGUUUUAUAUUUUUUUUUUAUCCAAUUGUCUCCAAAAGUCACAUCCUCACUGAAGCUUGAAAGCAUAUUUCUUGCUUGUGUUUAACCCACUGUGGAAGAAAUCCCUUACCUACUGUUACUUCACAGACUAAAUACAUGUGUGAAAGGUAACUACUGAGCCUGCCAUCUUGUCCUUUCUCCCUCUUCCAGAAGCAGCUGGAGGCCCACCAGGAAGAGGGCAUGGUGGUGUCCCACAUGGUGGUGGCAGGAGUGGGGAUCUGGAUCGCCUUCAGUUCUGGAUCCACAUUGCGCCUUUUCCACACUGAGACCCUGGAGCACCUACAGGACAUAAACAUAGCCACGCCUGUCCACAAUACACUCCCUGGUAAGAUAUACAAAACUUCCAUUUCGAGAAUAAAAGUUCACCAAAAGCUGUCAGACAUAAUGUGGGUAUUUUUUUAUUAUCGGCCAAACAUAUUUCUGCUAUUUUAUCCUUUGAAAAAUGAACAGAAAUAUUUGUUGUCUAGCGUGUCAUAUCCUAUUUCUCCAACAUUUCCUAAUCCUAAUGAAAUAUAAUGACUUAGAUCUUCUCAUAUCUGCCACUGAAUAUCUGAAAAGACCGUCAGUGGAGUGUGAAAUGUGAGAUGUCAAACACACUGACACUCUCCAUCUGAAACCUUUUAAAAGUGUCACAUUUCUGAAGAUCAGUAGAGUGUAUUUGUUCUUUAUUUGGGAUUCCAGAUAUGGUGAUAAACUUUCUCAAGCACUUUUUUAAACACCAGCCAGCAUUUGUGCACUUUGAUGCAGGUCCAAUGACCUUGGUCAGUAAUUAGCCGACAUCAGUGUGGGUGCUCCUCAGACAGCUCUUGUUAUGGCAGAUUUGUCACCAGAAGGCUCCUCUGGUCUAAACAGUGAGUCAGGAACCUCUCAUUUCAUCUCUAUUCUUGACCUCUCUAAGUCACCUAUGAGGAAACUUUCACCACAAGUGCCAUCUGUACAAAAUUCAGUCUAAAUGUGUCAUUCCCAGGAGGAAUACUUUAUUGACUUGAAGAUCAUGAAUUAUAACAUCACUUUAAAACUGACAGUGUAGUAGUGUCUGAGCUGGAACUGGAAGUUGUGGAUUUCAGUAGAUAAAACCUUUUUCCACAAUCGUAUACAUUGACAGUACCAAAACUUGCUGUUAUAUAAACCUUUAUUCUUGGAAGGACCUGGUUCAGCAUUUUUCAAAAACCAAAAAUCAAUCAUAAUCACGUCUUGAGUUUAACCAUGUCUGUGGCUAUUGUCUCACGGUCGUGGUGAGGAUGAUUGAAUGGGAAGAGGUCUAAGCAAAAAGCAAAUCACUGCAGUGUAUUAAAUGAAACCAAAAUGUGGUAACUUUGGCUGUUAUUGGGUCAAAACAGACUCUGCCCCCGGUUGCUGCAGGGCAGUCUUUCUCCUCCCCAAAGCAGCCACGAUAAUGGCGACCAAACUUUGUUGUAAGUCCUGUUAGCAUUUAAAUCAGCAGGAUAAAAGCCAGUGAGCUAACUAAAGGUGAUACUAAGUUACAUUUUGUUGUGCCCAGUGUCAGGGCAGUAAAAAGACUCUUAGGAAAUGUAAAUAAAAGCAUCCAUAAAAUAAACAAUACUCCUACUAUUUCUUUAUGACACUAAAUUUGGGAAAAUAGUGAAAUUGUUAAAUACUCAGAUUGUUAAGGAUCCUUGAUAAUGUUGUUAAAAUCAGUUAGAGUAUUCAAUUUCAAACUCUAUCCUAGGGGUUGGGUGAUUAACUGAUAAUUUGCCGAUACUGGUAUUUACAACAAUUACCAACAUCAUUUUGCCCAUAUUGGUAUAUUUGGUGUCAAAAUAAAUAAAAGUUGGUUUUGAAUGUGUGUAGAAAGGCUUUGGUCUCAUGUCCCUUGUAAGACGCCGUUCUAUGUCAGAGGCAUGACUCCACCCCAUCCAGUCCAUAGCAAAGAGGGAAAACAGGUGAGGAGAUGGAGAGCGGUUCAAUAGUUAUAGCGGCUGGAGCGGCGGCUGAAGUAGACGAAGUUAAUGUGGGAGGAGGUGAGCAGCUUGUGGAGUAGUUAUCAUCCAUUUAAAGUUAUCGAGGUGAACUGCUCAAUACAUUGCGAUAUUGAUUUAAGGCCACAUUGCCAAGCCCCUACUCUAUUCCUCAAUCAGUAAGGUUGUAACAGCAGCUCUGUUUUCUGUAAUAACAAGCGCAAAUGAAGAACAAGCCUUUCUGCAUUGUGACAUAUCUCAACUUGGGAGUUCAACAGUGACAUAGAUUUACUCUCAACAGAUCUUAUAUAAAAUAAGGAGAGAGCGCAGAGUUUGUGAUGAGAACAAGGUUUCCAACUCUAAAAUUGCUUUUUAUUUACUUGACUUGCAUCAUCCUUCAGUGAAAGCUCACCUUUGUUCUGUGAUUGUGUAACCACCAAUGUAAACUUGUCACUGCCAGGUUGUAAAAUGUGCAGGAAAAGCGGGAGAAAUGAGGCACAUUUACAGAUGAUUUAACACUAGAUGAGGUUUUUUUUUUUUAUGACUAAUAAAAAUACCAGGAAAAGUGUGUCAUUAAACAGGUUUAAGAUGAAAAUUCUCUCUUCGAUUGGACUCUCUUCAUAGUAUCAGUCUCCUGCCAUGUGUGUUAUAGCCAAACAUUAUUGCUGAGGAUACUCAGGUCAAAUGAAAUUACUUUGAGGCAGCCAGACCAGAGUCCCAGACCAGAGUCAUCAGAGCAGCCUGCUGCUUCAGGUCUUGUAAUUUUCUGUUUUAUCAGCUUGACCCAAAAACUCACAUCCCAAAAGAAAGAUAGUAGAGAAGCAGAGAUUACUUCUGGUGGUAUGAAAUCAGGAUUUGUCUAGUCCCAUCACUGCUGCUUUCAGUCUCUUUCUUCUCAUGCUGAGUCAUGCAGACAGCUCGGGUUCAGGCGUACAUUUCCAGAAGGAUUCUCUGUAAUGUUGUCUUUAAGUUUUACACAAAUGCUUUUUGACAGUGGACUUUUUGCCUUCCCCUUGAAGACUGAUAAUGCAGAGUUUUGAUACAAAGUAAGAGUUUUGUUUGAUGACAGACGUGGUUAAAUGUGCGUGUGUUGAAGUCCGCAGUUAAUGACUAGCCUGCAGUUGUUCUGAACUAUCUCAUCUUCAGCAUCAUUAGGAGCACUGUUAUUAGCCUAGCUCUAUCUAGACUGAAUGCACAUUUAGUCUUCAGAGGGACUUCUCUAUUAUUGCCAGAAGGUAGUAAUAAUACUCAGAAAGGCAUCAGAGGGACUCGGCUGCUGGGUGUGAAAACUGAAGUCACUCUUUUCAUCUUACAUUACUUUCUUAAAAUCCGCUUGAUGUGGAGUUUUGUGUGACGGCUCAUAUGUUCCUCAAAAAAGAGGGUUUUGAAUGUUCAUAAGCUAUUGAUGCAGCAAUAACACGCACACACAUCUUGUCGUAUCCAUGGCUACAAGUUGUUCAGUUUGGCAGGAUGAUUAACAGCGUUUUCUGCAGCUUUCUGCUCCUGACUGCAGAAGCAGAGGAUUUAUGAACAGCACUGGCAGUUAUACAAACUCAAGAUUUACAAGCCUAAGUCUCACCGUACAAAAUGUAAGAGAUGACCAACUGAUUGGUGUUUUGAGCCCUUCACUUGACAUCAUAGGGUGAAUCUUCUGACACAAAUGUUUCUGGUUACAAGUAAAAGGCCUCCUUGUCAGACAGAUGUGAAUGAUAAAGCAUCUACUUUGAGAUCUCUCUGCUCGUAUCUGCUAAUAGAAUCCAUGCAACCACAGAGGAAGUUGGUUCUGGGACAGAUCACAACACAAGAAAGCCUUUCAUCGUCUGGGCUUCACUAUUAAGAGCUCACAUACUCUGAUAACACCAUCCGAUGGUCCAUUGGCCUUAUGAGAACAAAAUAAAAAGUAUAAAUCACCCACAAGGUUCUGAUUUUGAUCUUUUCAUAUAGCAGUCCUGUGAAGUUCCUCCGCUCGCUGCCCUUUAUGUAGUCUGUUGUGAUCUGCGAGUUUCUAGAGCAGUCCACAGUGGGGUUUAUUGCUGCUGGCCUCUGUUGUGGAACAAAAUGAGACCAAAGAAAAUGUGCUGUUUCUGCACAAACUCUGAUGUAAUUGAAAGUGCCAACCAAACAGUUUGGACAGGAGGGGAUUUCAUUCAAUCGAUGUGAUUGGUCUGUCACAUCGAUGCAGUUCUCUCCUGCGUGAAAGUACAUUUACUGAGACACAAGCUGAAAAGAACAAGACCAAGACAUGACUGUUUACAAUGUGAUCACUGAUUUCUUGAUAAGUCACCUCUUCAGUAAGUCCACAGCAUUGAUGAGAGGAUAUCACAUCACACAUCCUGGUUCAAUCUGGGCUUGUCUGUAGGACACACACAUAAGCUAACAAAGGCAGACAGGGCGUUGUCUUCAUUGUCAAUGCCUCCAUGAAUGGUGCUGUGUUGAAAUGCAGGUGGUACUUAAGGUGGGGUGAUCCUUCUCAUGUUCGUGCACGUUGAAACAAUUUUGCUGUGUCCAAGCAGAUUAGACAGUGGGCUAAUAGCAGUCAUUUCCACUGUAACUCAUAGCACAUGUUUGUUUUAGAAGCCUUUGUGGCUCACAUUUAAGAGUUAAGUAGUCUUAUUAGCAGCUGCUUGGUAUUAUUUCUGUCUGUGCAGUUAAACCACACUACUUACUCUCAAGACCACACAUUGAAAUGCAACGAAAAAAUAUAUAUAUUUAUAUAUAUAAUUGUGUCAUCUGACUUCACAAGCCGCUCAAAAGAGCAGUAGCCCUUCAUCAAAAAAUCCUGAGCUGUGCUCAUGUCUCAGAGGAUGUUGAUGAUCUGGUUUGCUGGCUGGGGUCUGUGCUGAGGGUCUAGUAGGCCUUUGUCUGCUGCUCUGUGACCUAAAUAUGCAGCCAUGCAUGGUCUAAUGGGAGACAAACACCAGGGGGGGUCAGUAAAUAACACCUCCAGCUCUGCUUUGUUUGAUCGCCACCAUUUCUGUACACAUCCUAUAGCCGAUCAGACACCUACACUGCAGGCCAAAAGUUUGGAAGCAAGAUCAGAUUUGUACAAAAAAAGAUCAUAGUUUCCUAUAUAUAAUUUGCAACACAAUAAACAUGACUAUUGUGUAAAGAGUAACUUAUCAAAAGACAUUUUGACUAUAACUAUUAGGUAUUUUAGUUAUUGUUGCUUAGACUUUGCUUUCUUUAAAGUAACCUCUGGCUUUAACAACAGCUUGGCAUAUACCAGGCAUUCGUUCCACAAGUUUUUUAAGGUAUGUUCCAGGGAUUGCAUUCCAAGCUUUCUUAAGUUCAUUAAAAAGAGACUGCUGAUUUGUGGGACGCGUUUUUCUGACCGAUCGACCCAAGUCAUCCCGCACAAGCUCAAUUGGAGAAAGGUCUGGAGACUGAGGGGGCCAAACCAUCUUUUGAAGAACACCUCCCUCUUCUUUUUUGUCUAGGUAACCCUGACAGAGCUUGGCAGAGUGCUUAGAGUCAUUGUCUUGCUGCAAAACAAACUUAUGAGCCACUAGUCUGAGUCCAGAUGGAACAGCAUGGUGCUGGAGGAUGGAGUGGUACUGUUCCUUCUUCAUGAUACCCUUUACUUCAAAAAAAUCUACUCCAUCACCUGCAAAACAUCCCCAUACCAUGGAACUAUCACCUCCAUGCUGAAUUGUGGGUGUAACACAUGACGCUUUCAGACGUUCACCAGUUUGUCUGCAGACAUAGACUCUGCGUUUUGAACCAAACAGUGCAAACUUGUUUCUAGUCAUCAUAAGUCCAAUUUUUGUGAGCUUUUGCCCACUCAUAUCUCUUCUUCUUGUUCUGUGGACGAAGUAGUGUUUUUUUUGCAGAUACACAACCCUUCAGACCAGCCUUUCUCAAACGUCAUUUCAAAGUUGUCAGAGAUAUGAGUUUCGACCUUGUCAUGUUGAUUUCCUCCCUUAUUUGUGGUGCUGUUUUUCGCCGAUCUCUCUUACUGGUGACAAUGAUAUGUUUAUCCUCUGCUUUUGUAGUAACUCUCUUUCGUCCAGGUCUUUUUCUAUCAUCAUAACUUCCAGGUUCCUCUAGUCUCUUCAGAGUGUAGUGGACUCCUUUGUUAAACGCCUUUAGGCGUUGAUACCAAAAUACCACUAGACCAGCCGCGCUCUGCCUGCGCUGAAAGCUGACCAGGCUUGAGUCGGCGAGCUUUCAGCACACUUAACACGCCACCGGCGAGCACGAAAAUGUCACUGCGCCCGCUGAUUCUGUCGACACCUCCCCCUGCCACGCCACCACGCCCAGCUUGGCGGAUCUCAGUUCGCCUCCGUGCGCCUCAGUCCACGAAAAUACCAAACUGGCUGUACGCCGGGCCCCGCCAGACGAAAAUACAACUGCGCGGGGUCUGCCACCUUCCACCGCCUCACCGGCGUACACGAAAAUAGAGCCCAAUAUUUGUAGCUAACAUAGAAAAACAAACCUAGAAGCUGCUCUUUUUUCCAUUUAAUGGUGGGUGGCAGCCAUCGGAAGAAUCAGUGCAGCCUGUUACUGUGAACCAGUUAGUUACACAGUAUUACUUCAUGCGUAUUUUCAAAACAAUACCAAUUUAUUCAUUUUUUUAAAAUACCUUUAUCAUGAAUUAGGACUGUGUGCCAUCCUAGCAUGCAAACAAAUUUUAACUUGAAAAUUUUAGCUCUGUACCUGCUAAAGCUCAGCGUGUCCACAAGGUUGUUUAACACAAAGUUUUUAUUGGUGCAAAAAAGUUCUCUGUCAAUAUAUCAGCAGAAAAACGCAUGUGCACUAACACAACUGGCAAUAUUUUUUUAUUUCUGUAGUUUAAUGCCAAAAUUGUGAACUUCCAAGAGAAACAUGAAUUCCUUGGGUAGUAACUUAAGGUACAGUUAUUCACUUUGCGCUGAUUUGAGUUAUUUUGCUGUUGUAUCACAUUGCUGACUCAGUGUAUUGUAAUGUAUAGGAUUAGCUCCUCCCUCCUGCCAUUGGAUGUCAAGGCUAAGUGCAGAUCAAAGUGUUGCUGUGUUAUAGGACUAGGGCAAGAUCUGGGCCAUGUUGACAUUCAUUCAGGGUUUAUUUUAGUUCACCCUCUGGGUGGGGAACUCCAAAUAUUAUGAAAGGAGGAAGUUGAGCAAGGCCCCCAACUGGCAGACUGUGUGUUUCUGCUAACUCUGAACCCUCAUUAGAAGCACAUGUGGGCAGGAACCAGGGCCCACUCUUCAACCAAACCUGCCUUCUUAUCUGGCAUGAUUCCUGGAAGCGUGGCAGUAUGGCAUGUGUGUGCCCCAUGCACGGGGUCAGCUCUAGUGAGGGGGUCAGGCAGAGAGGCUGGCAGUAAUUUUUCCUUAAAACCCAAGAGGAUUACUUUGAGGGAGGAAAUUCAAGUCAAGCUGUUACAGCAGUAAUGACUCAUGACAGACUUGCCUCCCACCUAGCAGGUCUGAGAGACUGUUUUUUUGCAAAACCCCAGAUUCUUUUACAGUCAUAAAAGUAAUGAUAAAAUUGUCUCACCAGUCACUGAUUGUUGCACAGCUUAUUCCUGACAAAGUUCCUGCGAGGAGACGUCGGAAAUGAGUGCCAAAUCCCACAUCAUAAGUCACCUAACACAGACGAUGUCAGCAGGCCUGGUUUUAUUACAUCCUUGUUGAAAGGCGCUGUUAACAGAACAAUCAGAGCUUUUACAGUGCACAGUGGCAACCCAGUGAUUUUUCUAACUAGAGGGGAAAAGAAAAGGUCAGGUCUGAUUGUCUCCUUGCUGCUUCAACUCCUUGCUUAAUUACAGCAUUACGCUUCACUCAUUCUCUUACAUAAUACUUUUGUGUUUGUUUGUUUGACUCAAAGUACACAUAAUGGGGUAUUUUUCUGUGUUCAGACACUUGAAAAGAGCUGCUUUUAUUCAGGCUCCUCUUUGCGUUGCCCUGGAGACAAAUAAUCGUGCAGCAUUGUUGCUGUAGAAAAACCCCUACUCACUAAAAAGAUACACCCCCUCCCAUCCUCCCACGCCUGGUGCUCAAGUGGUCCAUUAACUGUGCUCUUUUCUCAUUUUCUAGGAUACAGAGUUGUUCAUGAGCACUGUGUGUUCACUGAAACUGUGAAUUACACAAAGUGUUGGAGCAUAUUUGCCAAAAAAAAUAUCAUUUAGCUGUGCCUCUAAAUAUUAGUUAUAUUUUCAACCACAGUGUUCACUAAACUAAAUUCAGUUCCAUGCUUUUCUUUCCAAAGGGAACCAGAGAGUGUCAGUGAGCAGUCUGCUGGUCUGUCAUGGGCUGCUGCUGGUAGGAACAAACCUCGGUGUGAUUGUGGCCCUCUCUGUUCCAAGACUGCAGGGGAUCCCUAAAGUCACAGGUAACACUAUAAUAUGCACACGUCUUCUCCCUUAGUUUAUACUCAUGCAUUUUAAGAAAAUGGUGGUACACUGUUUAGUAAAUGAACUUUGUGGAGGAGUGCUGCAGAAGUCCUCUUAAUGUUGUUGUGGGCAGUGCUUAACCACCACACAGGUAGCUGACAGGCAAUAGAUAGAUGGAUAGAUAGGUGGAUGGACGGAUGGAUGGAUGGAUGGAUGGAUGGAUGGAUAGAUAGAUAGAUAGAUAGAUGGAUAGAUGGAUAGAUGGAUAGAUAGAUGGAUAGAUGGAUAGAUAGAUAGAUAGAUAGAUAGAUAGAUAGAUAGAUAGAUAGAUAGAUAGAUAGAUGGAUGGAUGGAUGGAUGGAUGGAUGGAUGGAUGGAUGGAUAGAUCACCCGACAAAAUAUCGCAAUAAUAUGAGGUAACGAUAUUUUCUCCCUCCCCUACAUAUUAAAAUGUCUGUUUGUGUUCCAGGUCGGGGUAUGGUGUCCUUACAUGCUCACAACGGACCAGUUAAAUUCCUUACUGUUGCAGCUGCAGUGUGUAACCGACCCUCUGGCUUACAAUCCUCCACCCCUCCCUCCUCGAAUCAGCCGACAGAGACGGAAGAUGGGGAAAACACCCAGCCUCCAUCAGAUUCAACUCCGACUCCCCCUCAGGGCCGAGGAGUAUGGCUAGGAGAGGCAGGCUGUACCACCAUGGCUCUCCAGGACUCCCUCUCCUCCUCCUGUGGCUCCUUAGCCCCAUCCCAGGGCUCCUUAGAGCACGGACCCGAGGACGGGGCCCUCUAUGACAUGCUCCAUGACCCUGCUCAUCACCAGAAGGGCCGCCGGUCCAGUAAGGUAGAUGUCAGCUCUCUGCUGGUGGUGUCUGGAGGUUUGGGCCACCGAAGGGUCAACAAGAAGGCCAAACAGUCUCGGCAUGAGGACAACACCUCUACCAUCAUGAUCUGGCAAAUCCCCCUACUCAACAUGUGACACCAAAAGCAAGUAAACUACAAUUUAUCUGUAAGCAACAUACAGUUCAAGCGCUUACUCUAACAGAUUCCUGAUGUCUCUUUUCUCUUUUUUAGGUCUGAAAAAAAGGGCUGCUCACAUUGAACUUGCUGAUUAAACUCUGCUGAACAUUUGGGAUCAAUCAGAACAACUUCAUGCCUUUUUGAAACCAGAAGUGCAUCAAGCAACAACCACAGUAUUCUGAUGUCUUAAUGAUGUCCGCUGCCAUGAAAACACAAUGGAUCUAUACAACCACUCAACUGGGAUGCUCCACAGUACAAACAACUCUCCACAGACCAAUGAAAGGAUGCAUUAUCAUAAAAAAAACUUAAAGGUCUUUAAUUUUGCCUUCCUAUGAGAUGAAUCAUUGUCUGUAACAUGGCUAAUACAUAACUCUCCAGUGUUGUUACCAUUCAAAGUGUCUUAUUGGGCUGCAGUAUUUAAAACAGUGUUGAAAUGAGGUUAGACUGAAUGAUGAUCGCUCUGCUUGUAAGGCAAAUGAGGUCAAAAUAAGGCUUUGGAACUGCUACAAGAAAGUUUCGUCAAGAUUAGGAGAAGGUAUUGUCCUUCUCUUAGGAUACUUGUAAAGGUGCAGAGUUGUAAAUAUGAAGUUUGACAACUCAGGAUUACAUGAGAGUGAGUUUUAGUGUAAGAGAAAGGCUCAGUGUUUUAUUGAAUCCAAUUAUACUGCCAUUAGGUAUGCUGUUAAGUAUGAAAAUGGAUGAAAAAGGUGAAAUACUGAUGACUGAAUUAGUUUGAGAAGGCGUAUGAGAAUCUCUGGCUGGCCAGGUUUCUGUUCAUAAAGGGAUGUAAGAGUUGUUAUCUGCAGGAGAGUGAUUUUUUUUUUCCCAUAAUGCUUCCUUGUUCUCGCGUAAGGAUAUUUAAAAAUCACAAAAAGCUUUAUAUGUUUGUCACGAUUCUGUGAGCUACUUUUUAUUUGUAUUAACAUUUUCAUAAACUUCUAUUGACCACCA